AGUCCCGGCUGCGGGGAGGGAAGAAGCGGAGGGGGACCCUGAGGAGCCAUGGCUGCCCUGGCACAGCUGCCGCGGGGCGGCUGGAGAGCCGGGCCGGCGGGACACCUGGGGGACCCUGGCCGGCGGCAGCAGCGGCUGCUCCUGGGGCUGCUGCUGGCGGCGGCGGCGGGGCUGGGCGCCCGGGCAGAGCCGCUGCUGGCCUCCGGAGCGCGGCCCGUGGCGCUGGAGGAGGAGAUUGUGUCCGAGAAGGCGGCCGAAGCCAGCCACCGCCAGGACAGCGCCAACCUGCUCAUCUUCAUCCUCCUGCUCACCCUCACCAUCCUCACCAUCUGGCUCUUCAAGCACCGCCGCGCGCGCUUCCUGCACGAGACGGGCCUGGCCAUGAUCUACGGUGGGUGCAGCGCAUCGCGCUGGGUGCAGGGAGGGAGGCUGGCAGAGACCCCCUGGCGGGCACCCGGGCCACUUUCCAAGGGGGCCCGUCGGCCAUUUAGGAGCAGGGAUGCAGGCGUGCCGGAUGUACGUAUGAGCUAAAUAAGCUAUAAGUUAGGGCCCCCCUCUCCUGGGGGCCCCCAAAAAAAUGAAAGGGAAAAAAUCCUGGAUGUACAUUUCCAAAAUAUAAGAUAAAAAAAACAAAUAAAAUAAAACCUACAUACAGCAACAGUGUGUUGUGUUGUGUAGGCUCCUAUUUGUUAUGUGCAAAUUUCUUCAGGUACCUAUUAGGUCCGUAAAUUACCAUAUCAUAUAUUCAACACAAAAAACUGGCAAUUUGUUGUGGACAAAGGACAGCUGGACAUAGAAAGGGCCCCAUUAACUUCAGGAGCUGAGGGCUUCGUCAAACCUCAAUCCAGCCCUGGAUGCAGCGCUGCUCCACUGUGGCGGCGCAGUGCUGCACCUCCCCCCCUUUCUCCCUUGCUCCCACCGCCUGCCCACAUCUGUGUGUGGAGCCCACGCCUAGGAGAGGGGCAGGGGGAAUCGCUGGGGCCGUUAUCAACGUGCCCGGCAGCGAGUCCACUGCCUACCUGUGCGCACACCUUUAGAUUCAGGACCUGCGCGGUUUCCUUCAUGCAUAUGAUGAAGCGAGCUGCUGCCUCCGAAAUAAAGGUCAUGUUUAUUAGCCCUCCGGGUAUCGUGAAACCAUUUGUUUUUCCAUGUUCAGAGGCGCUCCGUGAGCAUAAGCAACAGGUAAGAUGGUUGUAUUGCUGCUCUUUCUGGAGCUUCCCACACAAGGUGAGGCUUUGUGACAGAAUGGCUGGCCGAAAGGUGCCGGGAUUGAGACAACAGAGCUUUUUUUCUGCCUUGCACUCCCUUUCACACAAAAAUAAAAAGAAACGCCUGCCUUACUACGUAGUUGCCAUUCUGCUCACAGUGCAGAAUCCCUGAAACUGCCACACUCUUGCCCCGGACCUGCCACCCUGUGGGCAGUUUAUGACCUUUGGACAGUGCUGCUGCGAGGUUAGGAAACAAAUCCAUUAGUUUGGGACUCCUGAGGACCCCACUAUAGCUGUGAGAUGGUGAUUUGGUUUCCUCACUCUGACCGCAUCUUAUAGUGGGAUUAAUAGUCACAAAGUGUUUUACAAUCGGCUCCUGUUAGAGCUGACAUGGGGGGAAGUCCAGCCGGGAUCACAAAGUGUUGCUCCCUAGUUCUCAUGCACAGGAUCACAGCUCAGAACCAUAAGAGCCUCCUGGAUCAGAGCAAAGGCCCAUCUAGCCAUCAUCCUGUUCUCAGUGACCAACCUGAUGCCUGGAGGAGGCUCAAGCAGGACAGGACUGCAGCAGCGCCCUCCCCAGUUGGGGUUCCCAGCAGACAGGCAUUCUGCCUCUGAGAGCAAGGGAGCACCUACUGCAGAUAGCCUUCUGCUCCAUUAAUUUGCCUAACCCUCUUCAGGAUUAGUAUGCCAGGUGUGUUAUUAUUCUCACCAGCCAUCUUGGAGGUAGCUCUCUUUUAAUCCUGCUUUUUACAGGCAGGGUGGGUUUGAUUUAAAUCAAAUCAAUUUAAAUCACUAGUCAGUAGAAAUACUCAUUCUUGCUGGUAUAUUCUUAAUAUUUACAACCAGACGAAGGUUUCCUUUUUAGAACAUUAAAUUUUCAGAGUCAUUUUGACAGUUCUAUAAAAAAUUACUGAUUUAGUUAUACUGUUAGAAAUGCAUAGAAAGAUAAUUAUGUAAUUAUGGUGAGGUUUAAUAAGUUAACAGUUUAUAUUUGGACAACUUUUCAGCUGUACUUGAUUGGAAGGAGAAAAAUAAUCAUUUCCUUAAUGACAAUUUAAACAAUUUAUUUAACUAAAACAAUAACAUUAUAGCAUAUGUAUCCAUGUUUGUGAACUGAUGUAAUUAAACAUUUUUUUAAAAAACAACACACACCUUAGACUGAGUUUUAGCACACAUGAAAAACUUAAAACAAAUCCUUAUUUCCUGAUGAAUAGUCUCUGAACUAUAAUGUAACGUAGAUAGAAUAUUAUCUUUAGGAAGAUUUUUCCUCCAAAAAUAUUUUAUUUUAAAAAUCCAAUUUAAAUCAAAAGAUUCCUAUUUAAAUAAAAAAAAAUCUGAUUAUAUCAACAAAAUCCUAUUUUUUAUUUCAAAAAAUCAUUGAUUUCUCCCACCCUGCUUUAUACAAAUCUACAUUGUGGAAUACUGUGUGCGGUUCUGGUGAAGGAGAAGGCAGAGCUGGAAAAGUUUCUGAGAAGGGCAACUGAAGUGAUCAGGGGAUGGCAGCCAUUUUCGCUAUGAGGAAAAUGGACCUUUCUCACUUAGACAUGAUAAAGGACUGCAAUUCUGUGUGGGGAAAGUGGGUGAUUUUUUUCUUCCCCCUCUCCUAUAGGGCUAGAAUCCAAGGUCAUCCAAUGAAGUGGAUCCAAUUUUUUUUAUUUUUAUUUUUAAAUCAUUGAUUUUUAUCCACCUUGUUUACAGGUGAGGGUGAGAGAUUUUGACCUUCUGAAGGCUACCUAGUGAGUUUGUGGCCAAACAGGCAUUUGAACUGAGAGUUCCCCAAAUCCAGUAUUGUACAGUGGUACCUCGGGUUACAGACGCUUCAGGUUACAGACUCUGCUAACCCAGAAAUAGUACCUUGGGUUAAGAACUUUGCUUCAGGAGGAGAACAGAAAUUGUGCUCUGGCGGCGCGGAGGCAGCAGGAGGCCCCAUUAGCUAAAGUGGUACCUCUGGUUAAGAACAGUUUCAGGUCAAGAACAGACCUCCAGAACGAAUUAAGUACCACUGUAUUCUAGAUCCUGACUGGUAACAAGCUUUCUCUUUUGAACAUAGGAAUCCCUUAACUUUGGCAGGGCCAGUAAUGCUUGUACACAUAUACCAUUAAUCUGUUCUUCCUUCCAGUGCUGCUUUAAACAUUUUUUAGAGAGCUGUUGGGAAAUUGACAGCAUUUCCUUUGCUACCUCUCCAGUGCACGACUUGUGACACUUGGUUAUUUUACUAGGGUAGUCACAAGAAUGGUGCUGGAAAAUUUGAGACCUUAAACUCUUCGGAGAGAAAGCUGAUUGCUCAACAGAAACAAACUAAAAACUGCAAGAAGUUUAAAUUACUUUGUCUUAGAUUCCCAAGUGAUCAGGCUAGAUAUAUCUGAGCUUGCUUAUUACGAAGUUGCUAACUGAGCAAGGAAGCAAACAUAACACCUGAGUUAUAUAUAGAGAAUGGUCUGCAAACAUUUGGAAUGGUUGUGUGCUACAUAUUUUUAAGAAUUGGUGCCAAUGCAUACCUAUGUUCCUAUUUUAAAAGUUUGCAAUAGAUUAUUGUACUUUCUUUGUAAUUCCAGUGCUUACCAUGGGGCCCAGUGACUUGAGCAUGGACAUGGGAGACCCCCCAAAGUCCAGCCAGCUGCAGAGGUUUUUGGGUAGUCCACAAAAGCAAGAAUUUUGUGGCACUGUGAACAGUAAUGCCACUACAAAUCUGGUAGUUUUCAGGGUGUCCUGAGACACACGGUCUUUAUCACAGAGUUGUUAUGAAGCUGAAAGAAAAACACUUAUAAAUUGAUUCUUAAGAACUGUAAAGCCAUUUGUAAUAGUGGGAAAAGAUUUGGAGGGAUCACUGUGGUAGUUGAGCAUAUAACCACAUAUAUGCAUAUAUAUAAGGGUGGUUCUUGUGAUAUCUUUUGUUAUUGAUUAGAGUCCUGAGGUCCUUGUGUGAAGAGCCUGUUGGUGUCACCUUUAGAUAGUCAGGAUGGGUAGAGAUUUACUGUCACACGCAUGCACAGAUGUGUCCUGCUCUGGAGGCCAGGACCUGAACCCAUGGCUUCAAGUUACAAGAAAGGAGGUUCCAACUAAGCAUCAGGAAUAACUUUCUGACAGUAAGAACUGUUUGACAGCGGAACAGACUCCCUUAGGAGGUAGUGGGCUCUUCUUCCUUGGAGGUUUUUAAGCAGAGCUUGGGUGGCCACUUGUCAUGUAUGAUCUAGCUGAGAUUCCUGCAUUGAGAGGGUUGGACUAGAUGGCCCCUGGGGUCCCUUCCAACUCUAAAAUUCCAAGAUCUGUGACCUGUGACUUGUUUCAGACUUCCCCUGGGAGUGAGAUUAAAUCCUUUUUCAAAUCUUAACUUGAACUUCAAAUGCCAGUUGAAUGAAUGAACCUCAGUUUCUGUGUAUAUAAACACACAAAAAGUGAAAUCGGAUUUUUAUUCCUGACCCCAUAUGAGGGCUGUAAAAGGAUAAAGGUGAAAUGAGUGUCAUUCUAAGAUUGUUUUAGUAUUACUUUCAGCAUCUGCUGUGACUUCAGUUGGCUCCCAGAAGAAGUCCUCUGUGGUGGUAUGGCUGCCACAAACUCCCCUCUGUGGGGCAUGUAGACGAUAUCAUCAGGACAACCUCAGUCACUUUCUCAUGGGGUGCAUGUAGGUUCUGCCUUGUUUCCAAGAUGUAUCCAGGAUCAGCAUCCUAGGUUUCUCUUAGGUCCAGUUCAUGAGUCUCACCAUGGACAUAUUUCUGUGGAUAACUCUUUCUUACAUAAACUUUAAAUGGUUAUGUUUGUAAUAUCUUCCUAAAGUAACCACCCACUGAGAACCAUACUGACCCUUAGCCAGCUGUUUGGGGAACACACACAAGGGGUGGUUGCCCCCCCUUACCCAGAGGCACCCCUCCAGCUGAUCCACAUAGCUCAUCUCCCCCCUCUCAUCAAAUGAUCAGUCUGAGAUGAAGAAGGGGACGGUUGGCAUUACUGUCAGGAGCUGCAUCUCUUUUUUUCAAACAAACAAUUUUUACAUCACCACUGCCAAAAUUGAUUUGUUCUUAGACAACUAGAAACAUUUGCAUAGAUGGCUAAACCAGACCUCCAGACUAGGGACUAACCACCAGUAACUUAUAUCCUUUGUUGUGUAUCUUUUAUAUUCGUUUUAUAUGUUUUUAUAUUUCUGUAAAACUGUCUUGCGUCGUUAUUGAGAAAGAUGGCUAAAGAGAUUCAACAAAUAAUAUCGUACUUAGAUGUAUUGGUUGCUUUCCCCUCAUGUUGGUUACCAGAUCUUUCUGAGAAGUGAAGCAAGUGCUGUUUCUCAAGUCCUGUUCCAUUCUCUCUCAUAUAGGCAAGGACUUUACCCAUGUGCUCAGGGUACAGAGUACAGUGGUACCUUGAUUCUCAAACUUAAUCCGUUCCGGAAGUCUGUUCCAAAACCAAAGCUUUCUAAAAGCAAGGUGCAUUUUCCCAUAGAAAGUAAUGCAAAACGGAUUAAUCUGUUCCAGACUUUUAAAAACAACCCUAAAACAGCAAUUGAAUAUGAAUUUUACUAUCUAACGAGACCAUGGAUCCAUAAAAUGAAAGCAAUAAAUGAUGCACUGCAGUCACACAGUCAGUCAAUCAAUCAGUAGCUGAACUGGGUACUACACAGUAACAAAAACAAAAAAGAGCCAUGAAAACGCAAAUGAAUAGCAAAAACAGACAGACCUCAGUGUAACACUCAAAACAGAAGUGUGGCACUCAAAACAGAUCAUGUUUGGCUUCUGAAAAAAGUUCGCAAACCAGAACACUUCCUUCCGAGCUUGCAGUGUUUGGGUUCCAAGUUGUUUGAGUAUCAAGGCAUUUGAGAACCUAGGUACCACUGUAAAGCAAAGAGGUAGGUGACAGUGUCAUGGAAAUUUCCUUCCCUGAGCUUUUAAGAAGCCUCUGAGUUCCAAACCAUCAAUUCAGAUUGCGGGGGGCUUUCCAGAAGAUCAGCAUUAUCAAAUGGAAUUCUGCUUUGUAGGGAACAUUAACACCUGAGAAGCAGUGAAGAGGCUGAUCUCCUGGAAGGAGGUGCCAGACCUGCGCAAUGAAAAGGUUGUAGGAAGAGCCACCUAGUUCAGUAUUUUCUAUGCCUGCUGGUGGGCAGCAUGGGUUCAGGCAGGGAUGUGGAGAUGCUGAGGAUUGAACCAAGGACCUUUUGCAUGCAAUGUGUACGCUUUUGCUUCUGAGCUAUGGCUCUUCCUUCCUUCUUCCUUCCUUCCUGGGAGGCAGGCAGGCUAACUGAGUGCAGCCUUCUUUUAGCAAGCUGGCCCAGCCCGACCAAUGCCUUAGGAUGCUUCUUGUAGCACCAACCCCAGAAACGCCGCCCCUUCUCUGUCAGGGGACAUUAGCCACUUCCUUGCUCCCAGGCUACUCCGCUGUUGCUCAGCCUUCCUCUCUCCUCUCCCCUCUUGCUCCCUUUAGUCAAUCUGUUAUGCAAGAUAGUUCCUAAUAGCAUCAUGAGCAUGUGUCAUGUGAGCAUGGAGGGUUUGUCCAAGUGUUUCUCUCGCUAUUUUUAUGAUUCCUGAUAGUAAUUAAGUGCCUUGGAACUACAGACAGUUCAAGUUCCUUGUAGUCUGUACUUGCACAUUUUUAAAAAUGUGUUUACUUUGUGCAUACAUCACAGUUUCACUUGUGCACUUUACAAAUGUGGCAAACAAAGCGGUUCUUUGAGAGUUACAUCCUGAGAUCUUGUAGCCCCAAGCCUUAAAAUCUCUUGGCUGUGGCUGCAGUUCUUCUCAUUCAGCGCUCCCUUUCACUUUAUUUAUUUACAGUAUUUAUAUACUGCCCACUAACAGGAAUUCUCCCAGUAGCUUGCAGGUUAAAAAGGAAGACGCUAAACUAUAAAAAUAGAACAUGAAACACAAAAUCUAAAACGGCCUUUGUGAGCCUAGCACCCUCCUGAUCAAAACUUCUCCCAUCAGUCCAAAACAAUACUCACCAGCCCUGGCCAGCAUGAUCUUGCUUUCUGGGGCUGAUGGCAGCGGUCGUCCAAAAUAUCUGAAGGGUGCCUGGCAGGUGUGGUUUGAUCAAAACAAAAUACAACCACAGCAGCAGAGUAAAACCGUUGGCAGAAGACAACCGUGCAGACACUGAAAGAGCACUGAAUUUACUAUUCACAGGUGUCCUGGUGGGUGUUGUCCUUCGCUAUGGCAUCCACAUUCCUAGUGAUAUCAACAACGUGACUUUAAGCUGCCCAGUGCAGACCAGCCCUGCAACUCUGUUGGUAAACCUCAGUGGGAAGUUCUACGAGUAUACCCUGAAAGGGGAAAUCAGUUCCCACGAACCUAAUAACGUUCAGGAUAAUGAGAUGCUCAGAAAGGUAAGCUGGUUUUCUCCCUUCUCUUCUUUGCCCCUCCACCCUAGAAAGGGUUUCUCAGUUCCACCUCUGGCUUUCCAAACCAGUCUGGUUGGGCUGGGCUGACCAGGGCCAGUGGGCCCUGAAGCAACCAAGCAAGAAACCUGGUUUGGUAGGCUUUCUCAUGUAUCUCCUCCUCCUCCUCCUCCUCCUCCUCCUCCACCAUCAUCAUCCCACUGGUCCUUCUGUGUUCUGUUAUGGAAACCUGUUCAUGUGCCCUGAAUUCCUUUCUCAUCCUUGUCUGCCCACCCUCAUGCACUCCAAUGUAAUUAGCUAAUAGCACUAUCUAUUUCAUCUUAAAUUCCUUAGGUAGAGCCUCCAGAAUGGAAGUUUCCUGUGUGUAGCCUUCUCCUUUUUUUCUCCCUGUACACACAAAUCACAUUUCUGUAUUACCUAAAACUUUCCAGUUCCAGGUAUGGUGAAGGGUGUUCCUGUUUAGAGUAAUGGGAGCUUUUUCUUGUGAAAUUAUCCAUUGUUCCCAGGUUGUAAAAGCCAAACAUUUGGCUCCCUGAAGCAGUUGUGUUUGCUGACGUUUUUAUUCUUGAUUUAAAGUGAACUUAAUUAAGCUUUAUAUACAGUCUUAUGUAAAACUUUCCUUACCUGGAUUUUUAUUCGUUCUUUUUUUAAAAAAAACUUCUACAGGUGACAUUCGAUCCAGAAGUAUUCUUCAACAUCUUGCUCCCUCCAAUUAUAUUUUAUGCAGGAUACAGCUUGAAAAGGGUAUGUCCUUCCUCGUUUAAACCGAUGCUUUAAUAUGUUGAAAGAAAUUCUGGUGCUUUUACACCUUUGUCAGAUGUGAAUUCUGCUCUAUCCUGUAGGCUCAGGUAAUGAUGCUGUCCAUCUCAGCAUUAAUGUGUUAAAGGUGAAGGGACCCCUGACCAUUAGGUUCAGUCAUGGCCGACUCUGGGAUUGCGGCGCUCAUCUCGCUUUACUGGCCGAGGGAGCCGGCGUACAGCUUCCGGGUCAUGUGGCCAGCAUGACUAAGCCGCUUCUGGCAAACCAGAGCAGCGCACAGAAACGCCGUUUACCUUCCCUCCAGAGCGGUACCUAUUUAUCUACUUGCACUUUGACGUGCUUUCGAACUGCUAGGUUGGCAGGAGCAGGGACCCAGCAAUGGGAGGACACAAAGCUUCUUUUUAAAAAGCUGUAGAGCUAUUAUAACUGUUUGCAGGCCUAGCCCACUGAUUGAGCAAAACAACAAAUUAGCACACCUCCUGCCCCCACCUGCUGCCUCUCCCCCUUGCCUUACUUUUAAUGUCUGGGCCCCUCCCCCUCCUUGGCCCUUCCUCAGAGUAAGGGGUUGCAGGAGAACUGGCCCAGGAGGAUGCAGCCUGUGCUGCCAUCACUUUUCUGGAAUGGCAGAAAUGUUGCCACAUGUCCAGAAUUUGGAAGUCUAUACAGUAUUUUAGAAGUCUAUAUUUUUGCAAUUUCCCCCCAAAAUAGCUCAAAAACUUAUCAGUUAUCUUUGAGAUUUUGCUAAAAAGCUCAACCACUUUGUUCAAAACUAAAAAAGCUCAACAAUCUUUGUGUCCAGAUUUUGACUUUUUGAAAUAUGGCAACCCUAUUUAACUUUCAAAGUUAUUUUAAACUUUUAAGUGAUGCUUCAGAAGAAUUUAAAAAGUGAAGGGGAGAAGGAGAGGAGCAGCAACACAACACCCUGUCUUCUUAUGCCACCCAUGCCAACUUGUGCAACCUGUCCUGUGACUGAAAACAGGCUUUCUUGCACAUCCAGGUAUUGUUUGUAAUGAAUGGGACCUGCAGCAAAAUGGAACGUUCUUGUUCCAGUCAACCAGCCAUGCUGUCCUCCACAACACACUCUUCAUUCCCCCCUCACACCCCAUUUUCAACUCCCCCACCCUGUGUACCACCUUUUUAGCAUUUCAUGGCCAAUGGGUGCACACAGUUACUGAGUGGGUUUCUCCUCCUCAUCUUUCUUCUCCUUAUAUUUUUAAACUUCUGGCAACCACAGGGUUCCUGUGAGUCUGCGCAUGAUUGAUGCUGCUUUAGCUAUAUGAGCCAUGGUACUCAUGUGGGAUAAUUUCUGCUGCAAGGAGUUUUUGUAUUUGUAUAGGCUUCCUAUGCUGUUUAGAAUGUGUUACGUUGUGGGCAGUGAACCUCCAUCUGAAUCACAACUCCUCCGCCCCAAUCAGGGCCUUGCUGGCUGGGGUUGAUGGAUGCUGAAAUCCAGCAAUGUUUGGGGGGGCCACAGGUUCCCCUCCUCAGGGGCAGGUUUUUUGUUGUUUAUAUGGGUGAUAAUCAUUCCAACUUGGUUGACGUGGGAGUCCAGUGGAGCAAUCUUGUGCAUCUUUUGAACUCUGUUUUAAGCAAUUGUUCAGACAGCUAUUGAACUCAGAACAAUAUUUUGGAACCUUUGGAAGCUUCCAAAUUCUGAAUUCAUUGCAAGGCUCUUUUGCCUCUCAUAUCUAGCCAACAACAAUCUAUGGAGAACCUGCUCUUAAUGAAACAUUUUAGAAAAAGCAGAGGUUGGGCAUACUUUCACUCUGAAAUGCUUGGCUGAAAGUUCCAGCUUCCUUAGGAGUCUGCCCCCCCCCCCCCUGUCCCCAAAUCAGAUGAUAAACUGUGGUCAUGUGAAACCUUUAAGAUUAUAUAAAUGAAUAACUGUUUGAUCAUUAGUUGUGGCUGUUUGUUCUUUGUAGUAAUACUUACAUUAUAGACAUGUGCACACAGUUGGCAUCUGCCUGUUUGGAUUUAUUGUGGCAGGAAUUGGCCCGGGUGAGCCUUGUGCCCUCUCCCUUCUGCUGCUCUCUUCUGGCAUUGGCCACGACAAAGAAUUCAGAAGCUUUUGCAUCUUCCUGGCCCCAUAGCUGGAGAUGCUGGGUCCUUCUGCAUGUAAAGCGGGUGCUCUCCCACUGAGCUAUGAACCUUUCUUCUGUCAGUGAAAAUCACUGCAGUUGUCUUAGAACGGAAGGCUUGCUUUGCUGCUUGUGACCAGGGCUCCAGCGUUCUGUUCCUGACGGUGGCAGCCAGGUGCCUCUGAGAUGCUCUUGGGCAGAGCUGGAGGCCGUGGCUUUCCCUUGUUUGCUCUCAGCUAUGCAGAGGGUUUUGCCACUGGAGGUUCAGCUGUUAUAAGCUAUUAGCUUUCAAUAUACCCAUCCUCCACCAAGCUUUCUAACCCUUGUUAAAAGACCAUCUAAACUAAUGGCCUCCAACACAUCUUUGGUAAUGAGUUGCAUAAAUUAGUUAUGCAUGGUGUGAAUAAGUGUUUUAUUUAUUUCUCCCUCUGUUUCUGGACUUCAUGCCAGUUUGAUUGGGUGGCCUCAACUUCCAGUACUCUGAGAGAAGGAGGGGAAAUUCCCCUAGUGGGUGCCUGUUUCACUUCCAACCAGGCCAGUGCCUGCGUGUCAAGAAAAAUGAUUUCCAUCUGAACAUUAUCAAAGGCUAUCCUUUGUAAUCCAAGGCUUCACAUAUGUCCCCUUCUACCCUGAUUCUCAGUGUGGUAGUGACUGUCAUAGGAGUAUAAUUUACUUGAAGGAGCCACGGGGAUUAUGACUUUUCUAGACAGGAUGAAUUGUAAAAUCACCUACUUCUGACCAAGCAGUGUGCAAGCCUAUAAGCCUGUGGAGUCCACCCCCAGUCUUCUCUCCUCGCCAGUACUCAUUUAUUCUUUGCCCUAAGCACUGUAUUGGGGGAAAGCCAGAAGCAACGGUAGUGCCUCUAAACUAUAACCAAGUAGGUUGUAAAAAUAAAGAUUAUAGCCGGACUCUGUAAGUGCUGGGGACCCACUGCAUCUCCCAAGCAUGUGCCACCCUCUUUAUUUUAUUUCUCUGCUUGGGGGUGCAUGGCCUGAGCUAAUGGAGAGAUUGCGCAUUUUGGAACAAGUAAUCAAGAAUCCACUUGAACAAGUAUUUGACCCUCGGCUCUGAAGCAGUUUAAUUUAAUGGAAGACUCUCUUGCUUGCCUCUUAGCGGCAUUUCUUUCGAAACCUGGGAUCCAUCUUGGCAUACGCUUUCCUCGGAACGGCCAUUUCCUGCUUUGUGAUAGGGUGAGUGUUUGCUUUGUUCCUCUAGACUUCUUGAAAAUGGAAGGAGAAUGGAUCAUGAUGGGUGUAGGAAUUCUGAAGGGUGUGUAUGGUCCCCUUUGAGCAGCUGUUUAGUAUACACCAGAUGUAGAAAGCAUUCUUAUUUCUCUGUGGUUUUUUUGUUAUUAAGCUUAGGAAUCUGAAGGUGCUAAAUGUGCAGUUUAAAAUCAGUGUUGUUAUUGUACUUGAGAAGAUUAUCACAUUAAUAUUCAUUUAUCCUGCCCUGGACCAGCAUUUAACAAAAUGCUGUGUUAGUGCAUUUUGUAAUGUUACAAGCUAUCUGACUUUGCUACUCAGUUAUCUAUUUUUACAUGGGCUGUGGUAUUUUUUGUAUUGUGACUUUACUGUUGUUUUCAUUAAUCAUAGUCUAGUAAUGAAUUGCAAUUGUUGGGAAUAAUUUUCUGUACAAUUACAUUUUGCUGAUUUUGAGAGUUGAUUUUAUCAUGUAAUAUCAGAAGCAAAAUAUUGAAUAUUACCUUACUUUAUUUAAGUUUAUUUUACUAGUCAUAUUUUUUGGUUACGACUUAUUUGUAUUGGACCGGAUUGAUGUAGGUUGUGUGGCCUUUAUACUGCCUUGUCUAUAGCAAUGUUGGAAGGCAGUAUACAAAUUAAAUGAGAAAUGAGAAAAUGUUACCUGUCCAUGUUCCUGUUGAAUCACCAGGUCCAUCAUGUAUGGCUGUGUUUCUCUGAUGAAGGUGAUGGGACAGCUUGGAGGAGAUUUCUACUUUACUGACUGCCUCUUGUUCGGUGCCAUUGCCUCUGCUACUGACCCAGGUGUGUUGCAGACUUGGGCCAGAUGUUCCACGGAAGAUAUUCCUUGGAUCCCAGCUCACUUUUUGUUCUUGGGUUUUUCUGUCUGCUACAAGAGUGGAGAUAGUUUUUGGUUUUUUAAAAUGAUUUUUAUUGAAUUUUGCAUCUUUUUUAACAUAAUCACAACUAACAAUAUAAACACAAAAUAAAUUCUUGAUUACCCCCUUCCCCCAACUUCCCUUCCUGGUUUCUUACACAUUCAUUUCUCCUGCUUAUUAUUUAUUUUGUUCUUAACCUCAUUUUUAUAUUUUUGCUUUUUGUUUUGCUAAUUGUAAGUGUUUAAUCAGACACUGGCGUGCUCUGGUCCAUGGGGUCACGAAGAGUCGGACACGACUAAACGACUAAACAACAACAACAAUCAAACACUGCAAGUGAAUUCAUUUCCUUACAUUGUUUCUGUAGAUAAAAGGUUCCCAGUCUUUUUAAAAGUCUCUAUUGUCCUUAUCUUUUAAUCUUUCAGUUAACUUCACCAUUUCAGCAUACACCAUCUGUUUUUCUUGCCAUUGUUCUUUCGCAAGUAUUUCAUCAUUUUCCCAUCUUUCGGCUAGCAAAAUCCUAGUCGCUGUUGUAGCAGACAUAAAUAAAUUCUUCUUAUUUUUUGGCAGAUCUUUGCCUGAAAUGCGUAAUAAAAAAGCUUCUGGGUUUUUUUUUUAUAAGAUAUUUAUUAAGGUUUUCUUAAAAUAUUACAAAAAAACAAAAAAAUAAAAAUGACAAAAAUACAAAAUAAAAAUAGUUAAAAACACACAGAUUUUCCAUUACUUAUUUUCCUUUGACUUAUUUCCCGGACCUCCUUAUACCUCCCUUUUUUGUAUUCCACUUCAAUCUGUUGGUUCAGCAAAUCCUUUAAAAGUAAUAAUAUUAAACUUUUACCUAUUUAUAACCCUUUUUUCAUAUUCCCUUAAAGCAUUACAGCUGGAAACCACUUAAUUACUAUCCAACAUCAUUCUAACAUUCAUUAAUUUUACAAUAUUUCUGUAGAUAAUCUUUGAAUUUCUUCCAAUCUUCUUCCACCGACUCUUCUCCCUGGUCUCGGAUUCUGCCAGUCAUUUCUGCCAGUUCCAUAAAAAGCUUCUGGCCUCCCAACAAAAGUUAACUUAAACAUUUUUUUAUUUCAUUAUAAAUCAUUUCCCAGUAAUUUUAAAUUAUUUUACAAUUCCACCACAUAUGAAAAAACAUACCUUCCUUUCCUUUACAUUUCCAGCACUUAUUGGAGCCUGUUCUAUACAUUUUUGCCAUUUUCACAGGUGUGAUAUACCAUCGAUACAUCAUUUUCAUAUAAUUCUCUUUUAACAAUAUACAGUACAGUCAGUAAAUUUUAAAUUGGCUUUCCAUAAUUUUUCCCAAUCUUCCAUUUGUAUAUUGUGUCCUAUAUCUUGUGCCCAUUUAAUCACUACAGAUUUGACCUCUUUAUCUUUAAUCCCACAUUCUAACAAUAAAUUGUACAUUUUCUUUAAGAGUUUAUUAUUAUCACCUACAAUUUCUCUUUGAAAUCUAGAUAUAGUGUAUCCAAAUCCUUUCUUAUUACCUAAGAGUGGAGAUAGUUUUUUAAAGUUGAGAAUGGGCAGGCAUAAGAACACAAGAAAAGCGCAGCUGCUCAGACACAAAGGCAGCCCAUGUACUGCAGCACCCUCUUUCUCGCAGUGGCUGGCCAGAUGUUUCCUCUAGCAAGCCCACCAGGGCAUCAUGGCCAUAGUCCCCUCCUGCGUGUGUUUUCAUGGCAACUGGCAGUUCCAGUUGUGUUCUGCUCCUAGAGGCAAUGCUUAGUAUACCUGACAUCCAUAAAUUUGUCUAAUCUCCUUUUAAAGUUCCUGGCCACCAGCACAUAAUGUGGCAACAAAUUCUAUUGUCAAACCUUUUGAAAGGAGUAUUUGCUUUUUUGUAUUGCCUUGAAUAGCCCACCAUUCCACUUCAUUGGAUGACCUUGGAUUCUAGCCCUAUAGGAGAGGGGGAAGAAAAAAUCACCCACUUUUCCCACACAGAAUUGCAUAGUCCUUUAUCAUGUCUAAGUGAGAAAGGUCCAUUUUCCUCAUAGGGAAAAUGGCUGCCAUCCCCUGAUCAUUUCAGUUGCCCUUCUCAGAAACUUUUCCAGCUCUGCCUUCUCCUUCACCAGAACCGCACACAGUGUUCCGCAACGUAGAUUUGUAUAAUGGUGUUACAAUAACAGAGCUCCUAUUUGCAGAACCUUUCCUGAUGAUCUGCAUUGUCAUGAGGAAGGGAAUUUCUGUGGUCUCCCAUGCUUUUCCUGUUACCAACAUUAAAAAGGGGGAACCAAGGAAACCAGAAUUUUCUGUUUAUUACGUAAACACAAGACUUUCAUUUCCACCUCCAUGACAUUGAAUGGAAUGUCUGUGUACUUAGAGACUUGAGCUGGGCUUGGGGCAGGUGCUACACGUAAGCCAGGCAGUCCAAAGGAUUCGGUUUUCUUCCCUGCCCCCUGCUUUUUUAUAUUGAUUGAUAACAAAUGGGAUUUGGAGGGCUUUUAUUGGUAACAAAUAGCACUUGAGCUCUCUCAGAUUGUAUGAAAAGUUUUACCGUAUUUUUCGCUCCAUAGGGCGCACCGGACCAUAAGGCGCAUCUAGUUUUUAGAGGGGGAAAUCAAGGGAAAAAAUCUUAUUCCCCGCUCCCCAGCCCCAAAGAACAAAGAAGCCAAGACAUUGAGCGGGAUCCAUCCUGCUGGCUGUCUUGGCUUCCUCUUUAGCCGCGCACAACCUCUCCUGCCGGAGGGGCUGCACGCGGCUAUCUCUGAAGCCUUCGGAGCGCAGCGCGAGUUCCCGCUGCAUUCUGGAGGCUUCGGGUUCCUUUUGCUGAAGCCAGGAGAAUCUUCAGCAAAAGGAACCUGAAGCCUCCGUAAUGCAGCGGGAACUCGCGCUGCGCUCCCAAGGCCUUCAGGCGGCUAUCCCUGAAGCCUGGAGAGCAAGAGGGGUCGGUGCGCACCGACGCCUCUCACUCUCCAGGCUUCAGCGAAAGCAAUGCGAAGCCUCCGGAGCUUCGGAGGCUUAGCGUUGCUAUCAUUGAAGCCAAGGAGCCCGCAUUCGCUCCAUAGGAUGCACACACAUUUCCCCCCAAUUUUUGGAGGGGAAAAAGUGCAUCCUAUAGAGAAAAAAAUAUGUGAGAUUUGCCUCAGUCUGUGUGAGCUCUCUUUAGUGAAAUUGAAUCCCUUAAACAUAUUUGGGUGCACAUACUGGCUUUGCUAGGUGAUAUAAACCAAGUUGAGAUGCCUAAGUCUGUAUUUUUCCAUGUAUAAGACACUCCCAUGUAUAAGACGACCCCUGUUUUUUGAGCCCAAAAUCAAGAAAUAAUUAAUUGCAACAGUCUGUGUAUAAGACAACCCCCAAUUUUAAACUUUAAAAAUUUUGGGAGAAAUAUAGUCUUAUACGUACUUCAUCACUAAAGAAAAUGUACUUGAGCAUGUGCUUAGGAAGAAGUGUUUCAGACAACUGGCUGUACAAAUAAUGGGGAGAACUUUAGAAAAUACAUACAUACAUACAUACAUAAAGUAACUGUACUUCUGAAGUAAUCCUAACAUAACAAAUAUCUUAGCAGUGGAUUUAUAAUGUUGGGAGUCAGUCAUCUUUGAGGGAAGAUCUGGCUUUUUUCAUGAGAAAGAAAGACCGUAUAGAGAACAGCCAACCUAGUAUAUGAGUUAGGAACUGGCAUGAGUUAGAAGCCCCCAGUUCAAAUUACUGGAAUGCCAGGAGGCAGUAUGGUGUGGCGGCGUCAAGGCUAGAACUGGAGAGAUCUGGGUUCAAAUUCCAACACAGCCAUAAAAUUCAGUGAUUGACCUGGGAGCAUUACCCCUCUGUUUGUCUGAUCUAUAUCACCACCUUGUUGUGAGGGUAAAAUGGGAGAAAAACUAGAACAAUGUACUCCUGAGCUAUUGGGAUAUAAAUGUGAUGAAAUAAGCCUCCACAUCUACAACAUGGGCAAAACAAUACUGGCAUCUCUACAUUGAAGGGUUGCUGUCAAUAUGUCUGCGAUAAUUAAUACAAAGAGCUAUGAGUAGUUUACUUAGAUGAAUGAUUAUGAUAAACACAGGAAAUGAAAAAGGCCCAGAAGAAACCCUUAUGAAAUAAAUUUAGAAUGAUUGUCUCAGGGUGCUGGUAACAAUACAGAAUUCUUGCAAGAGCCCGUUGGUCUGAAUUUCAUUUUUCAACUUUCCUUUAUUGUUUUCUUGGACAGUGACCGUACUUGCCAUUUUCCACGAGCUUCAGGUGGAUGUUGAACUGUAUGCCCUUCUGUUUGGCGAAAGUGUGCUCAAUGAUGCCGUUGCCAUUGUCCUGUCUUCGUAAGUUCUCUGUUGUCUUUCUCAAGAUUUAAGUAAGCGACAUUUCACAUGAGGCACUACGGAUGUCAUCUGGGAAGCCUCCAUGCCAGCAGUAGGUGCCUCUAGGAACACAGAGUACUGGCAAGGAAGCUGUAAUUGGGAGGAACUGUAAGCGGUGUAAAAAGGGAAGCUACCUCCAAACCAAGGCAUUGCUUGUUUUCAAAGGAACAACCCAUUGUUUGUGUCCAUUAUAAGGUGAGCCUUGCUGGAUCAGACCAAAGUCCAUCUAGUCCAGCAACCUGAUCCCUAUUGUGGUUGACCAGAUAGCGCCAGGAUGCCCACGGUCAGAGUGUGUGGUUAACAUGCUGUGGCUCCCCAGUAAAUGGCAUUCAGAGGUGUGCUGCUUCUGGACACAGUUGGAGGCAGCGGUGCUUCUGAAUGGCAGUUGCCAGAAACCACAGGAGGGAGGGGGCUCUUCUGUUCAAACCCAGCCUGCGCGCUUCCUACGGGCAUAUGGCUGGCCACUGUGAAACUAGAUGGGCCUGAUCCAGCAGGUGCUUCUUGUGUUCUUAUGACCUCGGGGUUCUAUAUUCCUGUCAAAACUAGACACCCAAAUUCCCCAUUCUCACCUGCACCCCUUUGAUCUGAAAGGCAGCCAAGCAUUCUCAUGCACCUGUGCUUAGGUUAAUGACUUUCCUUGCUCAUAAUAUUUAAGAUGCUGUUCUCUGCUGUGGACUGCUUCAGUUGCCCUGAUGUUGAACAGGACUUUCCUGUUGCAUGCACACAGCUGCCCUGCAAUGCAUCUGAUAUCCAGCAAGGUAUGCUAAUAAGAAACCUUUGUGUUUGUUUGCAUCCAGCUCAAUUGUCGCCUACCAACCAGCAGGGGACAACAGCCACACUUUUGAUUUAACGGCAAUGUUCAAGUCCAUUGGGAUUUUCCUGGGGAUCUUCAGCGGAUCAUUUGCCAUGGGAGCAGCUACUGGAGUCGUCACUGCUUUGAUAUCCUUUAAGUUCAAUGAGUGUUACUUGGCUUUCUAACUGCUUCAUGCCUGUCAGGGAACUGCCAUCAGUGCCGGAGGGAGAGAGCAAAAGCCAUAGGGAUUCCAGAGAGCGUCCAGGGAUCGGGAGAAGCAGCCCAUCUUCUGGGGAAGAGAAUCAGCGUAGCACCAGUGGAGAAGGGGGGCAGAUGGGGGAAGCGGCGAGGCGGUCCCAUGACUCCUUGCCUGGGACCAGCCGGGAGAGUAGGGGUCCUCCGUUGCCCACGCCCUCCUUGCGCAGAAGGCUUUCGCGCAGAGAAAGUAGGAGGAGACUAGGCGUCAAAGAGCUUCUUUGCUGGAAGAAGUUUAAGAAACGCCCACUGACGGAAACUGCCAGCGAUUGAGUCAGCCACGGGUGAGUGGCUGUCUGGACAGAAAAGGUUCACUUUGGCAACCCAGCCAGAUGUUUGCACCCAGCCGGGGAGAUAAGCAUCGGCUUACGCACGAGCAACCCCUACAACCAUUACAAUGUCUCUGCAAAUUCGAACCAUUUUUCUUCAGCAUAAUACAAGGGUGUGUAACUUUGGGAGAGGCAGGUGUAGUUCUAAAUGCUUGUUAACAGCUUGGCUGAAAGAUGCAAAAAGAACAACUCCACAGAUAACUAAAUGCGGAGAAUGGUAUGUGAAACUCUGGGAUAUUUUAUGUGAACCACCCUGAGACCUUCGGGUAUAGGGCGGUAUAGAAAUAAUAAUAAUAAUAAUAAUAAAAUAAUAAUAAUAAUGCCUUAAAUAAACUAGCCUGGGUCCUGCAGGUGAAACAGGCGGCACAAAAUGGCAUUCUGCUUAGAAAGGAAUGGGCUUGCUUCCUCUAAUCCUGGAAUGGAAGAUAAGAUUAUAUACUAAGAGCUCUGUUUCCAUUACAGUGGUACCUCAGGUUACAUACGCUUCAGGUUACAGACUCCGCUAACCCAGAAAUAGUACCUCGGGUUAAGAACUUUGCUUCAGGUUGAGAACAGAAAUUGCACAGCAGCGGCAACAGGAGGCCCCAUUAGCUAAAGUGGUACCUCAGGUUAAGAACAGUUUCAGGUUAAGAACGGACCUCCAGAACGAAUUAAGUACUUAACCCGAGGUACCACUGUGGGGGGAGGUAGUACAUAAGCAAACACACGUUUGUAUCCUUUUUUGUGUAACUUGAAUUUUGGUGCCAUUUUGAAUCAAGAUGGCAGACUGAAAUGUGACUUUGCCCGCGUUUUGUCAUAGAUCCAGCCAUCUUCUGUGAUGUUGUCACCAAACUUGACACAAGGCUUUCUGAGGUGGGGAUGGGGGUCUAUGUUGAAGUUCAGGUGCCAGGCACCAUUUUGGAUCAAGAUGGCAAACAAACUUGGUUUUGGUGUGACACUUCCCAUUUUUUUGGCAUAGGCUUGGCUGGCUCUUGAGAUAAAACUCAGCGCCAAACCUCGUACAAGGGUUCCUGACAAGGGGAUGGCAGACUUUGUCACCAUUAGGAUCCUGGACACCAUUAUGAAUCAAGAUGGCAGACCAGAACAUCACUUGGCACAUUUCUUGACAUAUGUUUGGCUUCCUCUUAAGAUAUCAUCACCAAACUCAGCACAAGGGUUCUUGAGGAGGUGGUGGUGGUCUUUGUCAAUAUUUGGACUCCAGGAGCCAUUUUGAAUGAAGCUGGUUUAUUGAAAUGGGACUUAGGUGUAACCACUUAGAAUCAUAGAAUCAUAGAAUCACAGAAUCAUAGAGUUGGAAGAGACCACAAGGGCCAUCGAGUCCAACCCCCUGCCAAGCAGGAAACACCAUCAGAGCACUCCUGACAUAUGGUUGUCAAGCCUCUGCUUAAAGACCUCCAAAGAAGGAGACUCCACCACACUCCUUGGCAGCAAAUUCCACUGUCGAACAGCUCUUACUGUCAGGAAGUUCUUCCUAAUGUUUAGGUGGAAUCUUCUUUCUUGUAGUUUGGAUCCAUUGCUCCGUGUCCGCUUCUCUGGAGCAGCAGAAAACAACCUUUCUCCCUCCUCUAUGUGACAUCCUUUUAUAUAUUUGAACAUGGCUAUCAUAUCACCCCUUAACCUCCUCUUCUCCAGGCUAAACAUGCCCAGCUCUCUUAGCCGUUCCUCAUAAGGCAUCGUUUCCAGGCCUUUGACCAUUUUGGUUGCCCUCCUCUGGACACGUUCCAGUUUGUCAAUGUCCUUCUUGAACUGUGGUGCCCAGAACUGGACACAGUACUCCAGGUGAGGUCUGACCAGAGCAGAAUACAGUGGCACUAUUACUUCCCUUGAUCUAGAUGCUAUACUCCUAUUAAUGCAGCCCAGAAUUGCAUUGGCUUUUUUAGCUGCCGCGUCACACUGUUGGCUCAUGUCAAGUUUGUGGUCAACCAAGACUCCUAGAUCCUUUUCACAUGUACUGCUCUCAAGCCAGGUGUCCCCAUCUUGUAUUUGUGCCUCUCAUUUUUUUGCCCAAGUGCAAUACUUUACAUUUCUCCCUGUUAAAAUUCAUCUUGUUUGUUUUGGCCCAGUUCUCUAAUCUGUCAAGGUCGUUUUAAAGUGUGAUCCUGUCCUCUGGGGUGUUAGCCACCCCUCCCAAUUUGGUGUCAUCUGCAAAUUUGAUCAGGAUGCCCUUGAGUCCAUCAUCCAAGUCGUUGAUAAAGAUGUUAAAUAAGACCGGGCCCAAGACAGAACCCUGUGGCACCCCACUAGUCACUCUUCUCCAGGAUGAAGAGGAACCAUUGAUGAGCACCCUUUGGGUUCGGUCAGUCAGCCAGUUACAAAUCCACUGAGUGGUAGCAUAGUCAAGACCACAUUUUACCAGCUUCUUUACAAGGAUAUCGUGAGGCACCUUGUCAAAUGCCUUGCUGAAAUAAAGGUAGGCUACAUCCACUGCGUUCCCUUCAUCUACCAGGCUUGUAAUUCUGUCAAAAAACGAGAUCAGGUUAGUCUGACAUGACUUAUUUUUCAGAAAUCCAUGCUGACUAUUGGUGAUCACAGCAUUCCUUUCUAGGUGCUCACAGACUGUUUGCUUAAUGAUCUGCUCCAGAAUCUUCCCUGGUAUUGAUGUCAGACUGACUGGGCGGUAAUUAUUUGGGUCUUCUCUUUUUUCCCUUUUUGAAAAUAGGGACAACAUUUGCCCUCCUCCAGUCUGCCGGGACUUCACCUGUUCUCCAGGAAUUCUCAAAGAUGACUGCCAGUGGUUCUGAGAUCACAUCUGCCAGUUCUUUUAAUACUCUUGGAUGCAGUUCAUCUGGCCCUGGAGACUUGAAUACAUCUAAACUAGCCAAGUAUUCUUGUACUAUCUCCUUAGUUAUUCUGGGCUGUGUUUCCUUUGCUGAAUCAUUUGCUCCAAAUUCUUCAGGUCGGGCAUUGCUUUCUUUAUCGGAGAAGACUGAGGCAAAGAAGGCAUUGAGGAGUUCAGCCCUUUCUGUGUCCCCUGUUUGCAUUUCACCAUCUUCUCCUCUGAGUGACCCCACUGUUUCUUUGUUCUUACUUUUGCUACGAACAUACCCAUAAAAGCCUUUUUUGUUGCUUUUAACCUCUCUAGCAAGCCUGAGUUCAUUCUGUGCUUUAGCUUUUCUGACUUUGUGUCUACUCGUGCUGGCUAUUUGUUUGAAUUCCUCUUUGGUGGUUUCCCCCCUUUUCCAUUUUUUGUACACAUCCUUUUUAAUCUUAACUCAGUUAAAAGUUCUUUAGAUAGCCACCCUGGCUUCUUUAGGCACCUUCCAUGUUUCCGUCUCAUUGGUAUUGCCUGACGUUGUGCUUUUACUAUCUCCCUCUUAACAAACUCCCAGCCAUCAUGAACUCCCUUUCCUUUUAGUAUUACUGUCCAUGGGAUCUCACCCAGCACUUCCCUAAGUUUUAUGAAGUCGGCUUUCUUAAAGUCAAGAAAUUGAGUCCUAGUAUGCUUGGCUGCUCCUUUCCGCUGUAUAGUAAACUUCAGAAGAGCAUGAUCACUCGCGCCUAAUGAUCCUUCCACUUCUACCCCACUAACCAGGUCAUCAACAUUGGUUAGGACCAGAUCUAAAAUGGCUGUUCCUCUUGUUGCUUCUCCCACUUUCUGGACAAUGAAGUUGUCUGCAAGGCCAGUGAGGAAUCUGUUUGACCUUAUGCUCUUGGCUGAGUUUGACAUCCAACAAAUAUCCGGGUAAUUGAAGUCCCCCAUUACUACUAUCUCCCUUCCUUUUGCAUGCUUGGCCAUAUGUUCUAGGAAGGCAUCAUCUAUGUCCUCCGUUUGGCUUGGGGAUCUAUAGUAAACUCCCACAAUGAGGUCACUGUUAUUCUUCUCUCCCUUAAUUUUGACCCAAAUGCUCUCACUUUGGCUUUGAGGUUCUAAAUCUUGGAUCUCUUCACAGGUAUACACAUCCCUGACAUAUAACGCCACUCCUCCUCCUUUCUUGUCUGGUCUGUUUCUCUGAAAUAGAUUGUAUCCCUCCAUUAUUACAUUCCAAUCGUGGGACUUAUCCCACCAGGUUUCAGUGAUGCCUAUUAUGUCAUAUUUAGUUUGCUGUACCAAGAGCUCAAGCUCAUCUUGUUUAUUUCCCAUGCUUUGUGCAUUAGUGUACAGACAUUGAAGUCCAUUAAUCAUUCCCCCAUGUCUCUUAUUUAAGGAUUUUUUCCUCCCACCACUAGGUCUGUGUGCUGUUUGCUCCAUUUGGUCUAUGACAUUUGGAUGAUCAUCUUCAUCAAUUGAUAGACUCCUACCUUCAGGAGCACUAUCUCCCUCCCCCACAUUAGUCAGUUUAAAGCCCUCUUGAUGAGGUUUCUGAGAUUUUUGGCAAAAACAUUUCUCCCAACCGUUGUGAGGUGCAGCCCAUCGCUUGCCAGAAGUCCAUCUUCAAGAAACUGCAGUCCGUGAUCUAAGAAUCCAAACCGUUCCUGUUUACACCAUUUGCGAAGCCAGCUGUUCACUUCCACUAUUUUCCCUCUCUCCCUGGGCCACAUCGUUCAACUGGGAGGACAGAUGAGAUGACAAUUUGUGCAUUUAAUUGCUUCAAUUUCCUGCCCAGAGCCUCGUAGUCUCUUUUGAUCUUCUGGAGGCUAUUGCUUGCAGUGUCAUUGGUUCCCACAUGAACCAAGAGGAAGGGGUAUUUGUCAGUGGGUUUUAUGAUUCCUUGCAGUCGUUCAGUUACAUCUUGGAUCUUAGCCCCGGGAGACAGCACACUUCCCGAGACAUCUUGUCAGGCCCACAGAUCACUGCUUCUGUUCCCCUCAGUAGGGAAUCCCCUAUCACCACUACACGCCUCCUCUUAGGUUUGGUCGGGGUUCUUCCGUGAGCUGCCCGUUCCAAGGUCGCCUGCACAUUCCCUGAGGACUGACUUUGCUGCUCGUCUUCAUAUACCCGAUCGACUGUAAUGAGGGAGAGAUCCUCAAAUGGAGUCUGCUCAUCGGCUUCCAUGCUAGGGGAGAGGACCUCAAAGCGAUUGUGUAUUUCUAAACAGUCAGAGUGAACCCUGGGCCUCCUACUUCUUUGAGUCACGUUUCUCCAUAUAUCUGGCUCCUGUGUUGGUGAACUAGCCUCCUUCUCAGGGGAGUCCCCUGUCUCCUCCUUGGUGGAGACGGUGUGCUCUGUUGCUUCCAAGAAGAGCUCCAGCUCUCUAAUUCUUUGGAGCGUAGCUACACGUUCCUCCAGUUGCUGGACUUUGUCUUUUAAGAGGGCAAUCAACAUGCAAUUGCUGCAGGUAAAGCUGCCUGCAACCUUUGCCAAGAUGGCAAACAUUGCGCAGGAACCGCAGGCGACUGCAGCUGUUCCCUCCCCCUCCAUCUUGAGAACGUGUCUUGGGGGUGGCUACAGUGGUCCUCCAUCAUAAAAAGCGUGAAGACAGGAAAAAUAACUCCCCCCACAAAAAACCUAGGUCUCCCCCAACAAACGUUUGAGACUAGCUCCCCUAAAAAAGAUGGAUCAAACUGCGCGCGCCGCUGGGGGGGGGGGAUUUUAUUUUUUUGUUAUUUCUAAAAGAUACGGAUACUUCCUGCUAGCAAAGAAUGAAUCAGCAGGGUAACAGUGCAAAUAAUCAAUAUGCAUAUAUGACUGUCCUUUGGGGCCUGAAUAAUCAAACUGGGAGAUUACUUGCUUCUUGCUCUAUUUUCCCCUGCUGAAUAUUUUCAUCCGCAGAGGAGCCCACCUGUGUCUUUUCCUUAACCCCUCUGUCACGUCACCAAAUUCACCAAACUCCGUGAGUUCCAGCUGCUGGAAACAGGCUUGUUUUUCCUGAUGUCUUGGAGCACCUUUCUAUUGGCUGAAGCUUGUGGCUUUACAGGUAAGCUAUGGCCUGUCUGCUUGUCUGGGUGUGUUGGAUUGCUUGAUGGGAUGGAUAACAGUUACAGAGUCUUAGAACUGGAACUGUGUAGAGUUGGAAGGGACCCCAAGGAUCAUCUAGUCCAACCCCCUGCAAUGCAGAAAUCUCAGCUAGAUCAUCCCUGACAGAUGGCCAUCCCUCUGCUUUAAAACAUCCAAGGAAGGAGAGCCCACCACCUCCCAAGGAAGACUGUUCCACUGUUGAACAGAUCGUACUGUCAGAAGUGUCUUCCUGAUGUUUAGUCAGAAUCUCCUUUCUUGUAACUUGAAGCCAUUGGUUUGAGUCCUACCUUCUGGAACAGGAGAAAACAAGCUUGCUCCCUCUUCCAUGGGACAGCCCUCAAUAUAUUUGAAGAUGGCUGUCAUAUCUCUUCUGAGUCUCCUCCAGGCUAAACAUACCCAACUCCUUCAACCAUUCCUCAUAAGGCUCAGUUUCCAGACCCUGUAUCAUCUUGGUCGCCCUCCUCUGCACACCGGCUUGUCAAUAUUCUUCUUAAAUAGUCAGAUAGAUGAUCCCCUUGUUGUCAGUGAGGCAACUGAGGAAUUUGUUGGACCUUAUAUUCCCGGCAGAGUUUGAGUUCUAUCAGAUAUUGAGGGAGCUCAAGUCUCCAAUUACUAUUAUAUAUCUCCUUUUUCUAACAUAUUUGGUGUGGCACAGAAGCCUGCAGUGAAACAGGUGUAUCCUCCCCCACCCCCUUAAACCAGCAAUCAGACUCGAAGUAAGACAGCUUCUUGAGUUCCUGUGGUUCUGCGAACCCAGACCUGCCCAGUCAUCUGUUUCUGUGCCAUUCUUUAUGGGAAAGAAGCUCUGUCCAACAGAACAGCCCAUGUUUGCAGCACUGAUUGAAACACAUCUCCGUUCCAUGUACUUUGUGACAGUUUUAAUGUAAUUCUCUGCCUCCAGGUGUUGUAGCUGUGCUGUUUUGUGGCAUCACUCAGGCCCAUUAUACUUAUAACAACUUGUCCACUGAGUCCCAGCACAGAACUAAACAGGUGAGUCCUCUGUCCCAGUGGUGACCUGUGGGUCCCGCUGCCCCUUCAUCAUCCAAUUUCAUUCUCCUUAAUAUGUUGUAAAUGUUCUCUCCUCCGCACCAGCCAUUUUCAUAACCCAUCAAAACACCAGGCAUCCAGUAGUUUGGGGAGGGGCUUAUGGUUGCCUUUUCAGGUUUUUCUUUUUUAAAUUAUACUUGAAAACUUCUAUUCUGUUAUAACAUGCAUCACUGCAAUUCUUUUUAGUUUUUUGGUUGUGCUGACUGUGUAUUGGGCAUGGGAUGGUUUAAAGCAUGGGUAGGCAAACAAAGGCCUGGGGGCCGGAUCCAGCCCAAUCACCUUCUAAAUCCAACCCCUGGACGGUCCAGAAAUCAGCGUGUUUUUACAUGAGUAGAAUGUGUCCUUUUAUUUAAAAUGCACCUCUGGGUUAUUUGUGGGGCAUAGGAAUUUGUUCAUUUCUCCCCCCCACAAGGUCUGAGGGACAGUGGACCGGCCCCCCGCUGAAAAAGUUUGCUGACCCCUGGCUUACAGUAAUCACAAACUAUUGUGCCAGUAAUCAUAAACUCAUCCUCUUUUUGCAAUGUGUGCCCAAAGAAAUUCGCUGCCCAGAGAUUUCACUUAUGGACAUACUUGGUGUUUUCUAUACUAUCUUGACAUGUGUCACAGCUAUGAUUGAUAUUCCUUCUCUCUCCCUUGUGUGUGUGUGUUUUGCUUUAGUUGUUUGAGCUCCUCAAUUUCUUGGCUGAAAACUUCAUCUUCUCCUACAUGGGCCUUACGCUGUUCACCUUCCAGAAUCAUGUGUUUAAUCCAACGUUUGUAGUGGGAGCUUUUGUAUCCUUUUAUUCCAAAAGAGUAGAAGUUGCCUUUUGCCACCUCCCCAAUCAACAGAUAUGAAAUGGGGAGAAACCUCAGAUAUAAAUAACAACAACAUACGUUGCAUAGGAUAACAGAAUGGGGAAAAAAGGGGAAAGAGAUGGUGGGGACAGAGGCCCGCAGCCUGGGAGCAUAUCAUUCCACCUUAAGCAAGAAAUGAUCAGUGUUUACGGCUGUUGAGUGUUGCAAAUUUUUGCAGCAGUUGUUAGAGGUCAUUUCAUAGGUGUAUGUCACAAACUCUAGCACUUUCAACCGAACCUUUAGAUUCCAGAGGCAAAGCUUGUGAAGAAGGUUUGGAGGCAGUGGGAAAGAGACGAGUGAGGGGGCACAGUGUGGCCUGCCCUGGAGAAAGGGGCAAAAGCGUCUGAGCUCCAGCCAAGCUGUACCCAGUGACCUUAAGUUGCUGGAGAGCAGAUUUUGGAUGAACACGAGGAAAAACUUGUUAAUGGUCAGAGCAGAUUGAGAACAGAGCCAGGGCCCUAGGGAGAGUGGGCAAGAGGAAGGAGAGGAAGGUACAAGGGAAGGAAGGAAGGAAGGAAGGAAGGAAGGAAGGAAGGAAGGAAAUAUUUGAGAGGAUAAAGCAGCAGAGAGGAAAAGGUGGGGAAUGAGUGUGGGUUGAGGAGGGAAGGGGAAAGGCUCCCAUUGGUACCCUGUGCCCAAGGUCUCCCCUAGAAGCCUUGAACUGGCCCUGAUUUUGAACAGCUGGAGCCUUGUUGGCUCAAGGAUGGGGAUAAUCAUAUACAGGGAUAGUCUCUGUGUAGGAAUUCAUGUGUACAGUGUAAUGCAGGGAUGUGUGACCUGUGGCACUCCAGUCAUGGCUGGGCGCUAACCCCCACCCUUCCCGGCCACUGACCAUGCUGACUGGGGCUGACGGGCAUCCAGUAACAUCUGGAGGGUCGCAGAUGUUCCUACUCCUGCUGUAGAGGAACCUAUUGGGCUUGUUUUGGUCCUCUUUGAAUCUGUGGUUAGGACAGGUGCUGUGUGUGCUUGGCAUAUGGUAAAUGCAUUCAUGAGAAACUUCUCAUCAAUGCAUAACAUACUUCUGAUUUCUGGUGCACACAUGUCUGUCCUUUGUAGAGAUGACCUCCAUUUAGGGGGAAUGUAAGAUAUGGUAGCCCAGGGGUGGCUCUCCCAUUUUGCCACUUGAGGUGGGACAGGAAUGCCCAGAAUCAGCAGUGGGGGCCCCAUAGACCUGCCUCUGGGGUGGGGGGGCUUCUGCCACCUGAAACAGCAGCCUCACACUUCCUAAUGGCUGGGCUGACUGUGGUAGCCUUUAGAUACCAUGGCUAGAAUCCAAAAAAACAUGGUUAGCUCUGUGCACUAAUAGGAAUAUUUAAGUCCAAUCCUUUCCUCAGACGUAAGCUGUGUUUUGUUCACUGGAACCGUCUGCCUAGUGAGUAUGAGUCUUAGAUGCUCAUUUCUCAAAAGGCCUUCCAUGUACCCUUGUGCCAGACAUGGGUGCUUUUAAUACCCAGACUUUUAAAAGCAGCUUGAGCUGUAAUAAGAGUGGUUUGCCUGUGGCACAGAGCGGUUGAUGGAAGAUCUGGGCAUUGUGUCAAGAAUUCAGCAUGCUUAAAGCUUUCUGGGAAAAGCCAUGGCUCAGUGGUGCAACACCUGCUCGGCAUGCGGAAGGGUCCCCGGUUCAAUUCCUUGCGUCCCCAGGUAGGGCUGGGAGAAAUCCAGUGCCUGAAUUCCUGGAGGGCAGCUGCUGGUAGGCAACAUAACCUAGUGGCCUGAUAAAAGGCAGUUUCCUAUGUUCCCGUACUCAGAAGUGGUCCAAUCAAUGUUAGGUGGUAUGGCUGAGAUCUCUGAACAGAUUGCUUCUCAGCAGUCAGUUUUUUUUGCAGUUUUGAAAUUGCUAGUUUGGGAUUGCAGGAGGUACUCAUGCUCUCUGAAGGCCACUGAUUCUCCUUCUUGACAUGAUUAUUUGUUAUUUGUCACUGUUGGAAUAAAAAUUCUUCUUUCUUGUGCAGUAGGAACAUUGGUAACCCACCAUUUUUAGGGUUAAACGUAAACUUUAGUGUCAGCUAUCGCAUGAUGCAUUCUAAUUUUGCAAACCUGUCAACAAGGGGGGGAAAUCCUUAAUAUGUGCCCAAAUCUAGCUGGCUGUAUUCCUGGGGAGAGCUGCAAACAUUUACCCUCUCUCUUUCCUGCUUAAUUUGGGGAGAAGAAACAAGAUCGGGACAAAUUUCCAACAUAUGAUGAUGUUUGCUGGUGAGUAAUCACCUCUUGGGGUGUUUCAAAUCCAUCCCUUCAUAGAUUAUUUUCAUAAGUACAAAGUCUGCUUGUAGAAAGAGACAAAGGAUGGAACCUUUAGAGAUGCCUUAGAUUUUAUCUUAGGGCAGUGAUUGCCCUGCCUGAUCAAAGGUCAGCCUCUGGUCCCCCAGGCCAGCCAGAUGCCUCCAGGAAGCUGCAAGCGGGAAAUGUCUGCAAAGAAGACAAUUACUGGCUGUCAUCAGAACCAAGAUUGGGAGAAUGCGCAUGAAAAUGUUUUGAAUACAUGCUUAGUAUUAAUAGCAACCAUUUUUGCUUCUUGCAGUGAUUCAGCCAUUUUUGCUUAUUUUGUUUAUACUUGCUCUUUCUCUUCCCUGCCCAGGCUUGCUUUCAACCAAAAAUAAAAAUAAUACAAAAAACAGCAACAUGUGAAAGCAAAGUACAAUUGACAACAGGGUGGAUUUGAUUUAAAUCAAAUUGAUUUACCAUAUUUUUCGCUCUAUGGGACGCACUUUUUCACCUCCAAAAAUUAAGGGGAAAUGUGUGUGCGUCCUAUAGAGCGAAUGCAGGCUGCGCGGCUAAGCCCAAAGCCAGAACGGAGAUGGAGCGCUGCGGAGCGCUCCGUCUCGCUGUUCUAGCUUGGGGAUGGCUGUGCGCAAAGCCUCUGCAGGGCAGCGGGGUGCCUUUGGAGCACAGCGGGACCUCGCGCUGCGCUCCAAAGGCUUCAGGGAUCUUUGAGGCUGGUGGUGGGGGAAAGCAGCGCUUCCCCCCACCGCCAGCCCCAAAGAGCAGGUUGAAAGGAACCUGAAGCCUCCGGAGCCCAGCGGGAUCUCCCCACCCCGCGCUCUAGAGGCUUCGGGUUGCCUUCACUGAAGCCUGGAGAGCGAGAGGGGUCAGUGCGCACCGACCCCUCUCGUUCUCCAGGCUUCCAAGGUAGCCGUCUGAAGCCUCUGGAGCGCAGUGGGAACUCCUGCUGCGCUCCGGAGGCUUUGGGUGAAUGCACCUUGAACGCACCUUGUUUUAGAGGGGGAGAACAAGAAAAAAAAAAUUCCCUGUUCUCCCCCUCCUAUGGUCCGGUGCGUCCUAUAGAGCGAGAAAUAUGGUAAAUCAUGAUUUAAAUCACCAGUCAGUAAGACUUGAUUUAAAUCAUUUUUUUUACAGAAAGACUCAUUCUUGCUGGUAUAAUCUUAAUAAUGACAACCAGAUGAAGGUUUCAUUUUUGGAAUAAUAAAUUUUCAGAGUAGUUUUUGCAGUUAUAUCAAAAAUUACUGGUUUGGUUAUACUAUUAGAAAUACAUAGACAGAUAAUUAUGAAAUUAUUAUGAGGUUUAAUAAGUUAACUGUUUAUAUUUGGACAACCUUUCUGCUGUACUUGAUUGGAAGGAGAAAAAUAAUCAUUUCCGUAGUAGCAAUUUAAACAAUUUAUUUAACUAAAACAAUAACAUGAUAGCAAAUGUAUCCAUGUUUGUUAACUGAUGUGGUUAAAUGGUUUUUUUAAAAAAACUGAGUUUUAGCACACAUGAACAACUUAAAAUAAAUCCUUAUUUCCUGUUGAAUAGCCUUUGGACUAGAAUGUAACUUAAAGAGAAAAUCUUUAGAAAGGCUUUUUCUCCAAAAGCAUUUUAUUUAAAAAUUCCGAUAUAAAUCAAUAAAAAUUCCGAUUAAAAAAAAAUCCUAUUAAAAAAUUUUAAAAUCUUUUUUUAAAAAAAAUAAACCAUUGAUUUUUAGCCACCCUGAUUGACAAAUUUACAGUUAAAGUACAAAUAUAUGGCCUGUUAUGUUACAUCGGCCUCGCCAAUGGUCUGUGGUGAGGACUGCAGGGCCUGCUCCCUUCCAGGGCCUUUUCCAGCUGGGCCAGGCCCUCAUUUGGAACAAACUUUUGGGGAAGUGUGGGAAGUUGUUCUGCUAUUGCUUCCCUGUUCCAAGUGGUUAAUGUGUUUUAAAAUGUCCUCAAGCAGUCGGUGGCAUUUUAAAUUUUUCUUUCUUUUUUUCCUUUUUUCCUUUGUUGGGGGUGGGGUGGGUGGGAUGGAUAUCUAGCUGGGGAUUAAUUUUAUUAUAACUGUUCUGUUUUUGUUUUUUGUUGUUUUAUUGGUUGCUGUAUAGUUUGUGUUUUGUUUUUAAGGGGCGGGAUCAGGGCUGCCUGGGAGUGGGGCCCCAGCCAACACGAUGGCUGGGGCAAGUUCCACAAGGGGGGAGGCACUGGGACAUCUGAUCUCGGUGAUCAUGGGCAGGAGGAGGAGUUACGCUAAGACCAGACCAUGUCAUUACCGAGGAGGCAGGUUUAGUCAUUGUUUGAGGGCUAUCCCUGCCUCCGUCCGGUCUGUCUGGUCUUGACCGGAUGGAUACUGGAAUCAACAAGGGAAACCCACAUGACCUGAAGGUGUUGCUGUGUAGUGCUAGGUCAAUGAUUCAUAAGACCACUGCCAUCCAUGGCUUGAUCGUGGAUGGAAGACUUGACCUGGCAUGCGUGACAGAGACUUGGUUGGAUGAAGCAGAUGGGCCUGUCCUUGCCGCUGCUUGUCCACCAGGUUUCUCUUACACACAGCAAUCCAGGCCUUGUGGGCGGGGAGGGGGGGUUGCAGUGAUUUUCAGGAAGUCACUAGUUUGCACCAGGCGUCCUAUUGGGAAGACCCACUUCUCUGAGUGCAUGUUCUGGAAGUUGGGCAAUGGGGGCAGUACAGGAUUCCUUUUGGUGUACCGACCUCCCCGCUGCACCAAGGAUUCCCUGCCCAAGCUGCUUCAGGUUGUGGCGGAUGUUCUCCUAGAGACACCUAGUUUGGUUGUCCUGGGGGAUUUUAACAUCCAUGCUGACACGGCCUUACAAGGGGCCGCUCAGGACUUCAUGGAAAGCAUGGCCUCCAUGGGGCUGUCCCUGAAUAAGUUUGGCCCAACUCAUAGUCAUGGACAUGCCUUAGACCUGGUGUUCACUUCUAUGGAUGUUGGUGAUCUGACACUAAGUAAAAGUGAAACAAAAGAAGUGCCAUGGUCAGAUCACUUCCUGGUGCAACUGAACUUCUCCACAACCCUUCCCCUCUGCAGGGAGGUGGGACCAAUUCGGAUGGUCCGCCUCCGCCACUUAAUGGAUCCAAAUGGUUUCCAGAGAGUGGUAGGGGAUACUUUAUCCCAUGUUGAUGGCCUUUCAGCUGAUUCCCUGGUGGCCCGCUGGAAUGUGCAGUUAAACAGGACUAUUGACUCUCUGGCUCCAAAGCGCCCUCUCCGAUUGCAUGGAGCCCGACAGCCCCAUGGUUUUCCAUGGAUCUGAGGGCAAUGAAACAAUCACUGAGACAGCUAGAGUGCCGGCGGCGGAUAACUCAUUCUGAAUCUGACUGGACGCGGGUUAAAGCUCAAUGUCGAGCCUACCAAGUGGCGAUAGCGACGGCGAAGAAGACUUUCUUCACUGCCUCUAUUGCAUCUGCAGAAAAUAGUAGCAGGAGACUCUUUCAGGUGGUCCACAAUUUAACGGAACCACCUUUACCACCGGGGCCUUGUAAAGACCCCAAGAUCUCCUGCAACGAUUUUGCAAAGUUUUUUGCAGAUAAAGUCACUCAUAUUCGGAAGGAGGUAGACACCACCGUGGGAGCAGGGCUGGGGCGGGAGAGUGCUAGAACCCUGUCUGGUCAAGUUGCAUGGAAUCAGUUUCAAUCUGGUACCUCUGAGGAUGUGGACAGGCUGCUUGGAUGCGUGAAACCAACCACCUGUCUCUUUGAUCCUUGCCCAUCCUGGCUAAUAAAAGCUAGCCGGGAAGGGCUGGGCGAUGGGCUCUGCGGGGUGGUGAAUGCUUCCCUCUGUGAGGGAACAUUCCCAGAUCCGCUGAAAGAGGCGGUCAUUAAACCGCCUCUUUAAAAAACAUCUUUAGAUGCGGUCAGUAUAGCCAACUAUCGCCCAGUCUCAAAUCUUCCAUUCUUGGGCAGGGUGAUUGAGCAGGUGGUUGCUGAACAACUCCAGGCACGCCUGGAGGAUGCGGACCAUUUGGAUCCCUUCCUCAUCAUGGGACUGAAAUUGCCUUGGUCGCGCUGGUUGACCAGCGGGCUAGGAACAAAGGUGAGAGCUGUUUCCUAGUUCUGCUGGAUCUCUCAGCGGCCUUUGAUACAAUUGACCAUAACAUCUUUCUGGACCAUCUACAGGGGCUGGGAGCUGGGGGCAGUGUUAUACAGUGGUUUCGCUCCUUCCUCCUGGGCCAUGUUCAGAAAGUGGUGGGGGGGGGAUGAGUGUUCAGACCCCUGGCCCUCACUUGUGGGGUGCCUCAGGGUUCCGUCCUCUCCCCCAUGCUUUUUAACAUCUAUAUGAAACAUCUAUAUGAAACCGCUGGGAGAGAUCAUCAGGGGGUUUGAACUGGGUGUCCAUCAGUAUGAAGAUGAUACCCAGCUCUACCUCUCUUUCAAAUCAGAACCAGUGAAGGCAGUGAAGGUCCUGUGUGAGUGCCUGGAGGCAGUUGGAGGAUGGAUGGCGGCUAAUGGAGUGAAGUUGAAUCCUGACAAGACAGAAGUACUGUUUUUGGGAGACAGGGGGCGGGCUGGUGUGGAGGACUCCCUGGUCCUGAAUGGGGUAACUGUGCCCCUUAAGGACCAGGUGCACAGCCUGGGAGUCAUUUUGGACUCAAAGCUGUCCAUGGAGGCACAGGUCAAAUCUGUGUCCAGGGCAGCUGUCUACCAACUCCACCUGGUACGCAGGCUGAGACCCUCCCUGCCCGCGGACUGUCUCGCCAGAGUGGUGCAUGCUCUAGUUAUCUCCCACUUGGACUACUGCAAUGCACUCUACGUGGGGCUAUCUUUGAAGGUGACCAGGAAACUACAAGUAAUCCAGAAUGCGGCAGCUAGACUGGGGACUUGGAGCGGCCACCGGGACCACAUAACACUGGUUCUGAGAGAUCUGCAUUGGCUCCCAGUACGUUUCCAAGCACAAUUCAAAGUGUUGGUGCUGACCUUUAAAGCCCUAAACGGCCUCAGUCCAGUAUACCUGAAGGAGCGUCUCCACCCCCAUCAUUCUGCCCGGACGCUGAGAUCCAGCGCCAAGAGCCCUCUGGCGGUUCCCUCAUUGCGAUAAGCAAAUCUACAGGGAACCAGGCAGAGGGCCUUCUCGGUAAUGGCGCCCGCCCUGUGGAACUCCCUCCCACCAGAUGUCAAAGAGAUAAACAACUACCUGACAUUCAGAAGACAUCUUAAGGCAGCCCUGUUCAGGGAAGUUUUCAAUGUGUGACAUCUUAGUGUAUUUUUGGUCUUUGUGGAAGCUGCCCAGAGUGGCUGGGGAAACCCAGCCAGAUGGACGGGGUACAAAUAAUAAAUUAUUAUUAUUAUUAUUAUUAUUAUUGCUACAUAAUGAAGGCCUGCUGGAACAAAUGAGCUUUUAAUUGCUGACUGAAUGCAGACCAAGUGAGAGAGAGCCAGAUCUCCACAGGAAGGGCGUUUCAUAGCAAAGGUGGUGGUGCCACUGAGAAGGCCCUGCUGUGUAUAGUAGCCCUACUGGGCUAUGCUCAACGAGGGAACCUUCAGCAGGGCCUUUCUUGCAGAUGUCAAAACCUGGCUUGGGUAGUACUGCAGAAGGCACUCCUUCAAACACUUGGGUCCUAAGCUGUUUGGAAUUGGUUUGUUGGUACCUAUACUUUGAACUGGGCCUGGUUGCUCUCCUGCAGUGAUUUCAAAUUCAGUGUAAAAUGAUCCCAUCUCACUGCAAGAGAGCAGCAUUAUGCGCUAGCUGCAAAUACUGGAUCAUCUUCAAGGGAAGCCAAACACUACAAGAGUAGUUGUAGGGGUUGUUCCUAGAAUGGCCAUGGCUGGAGAAACAGCUGUAGCUCCACAUAGGUUGCAUCCUUGUCACAUGGGCCUGCAAUAAUAAUACAUAAUAAUAAUUUAUUAUUUAUACCCCGGCCAUCUGACUGGGUUUCCCCAGCCACUCUGGGCGGCUCCCAAUUGAAUAUUAAAAACACAAUACAGCAAGAAACAUGAAAAACUUCCCUAAACAGGGCUGCCUUCAGAUGUCUUUUGAAAGUAGGAUAGUUGCUUAUCAACAUCUGGUGGGAGGGUGUUCCACAGGGUGGGCACCACCACCGAGAAGGCCCCCUGCCUGCUUCCCUGUAACCUCGCUUCUUGCAGGAGAGGGACCCCGGCGUCUGGGGUGGAGAUGCUCCUUCAGGUCUACUGGGCCAAGGCCGUUGAGGGCUUUCAAGGUCAGCACCAAUACUUUGAAUUGUACUCAGACAUGCAAUGGCAGCUUGGAAUCUAGGAAGUCCCCCCCCCCAACUCCAGGCAUCUCCCUUCUAGAAGAUUGCCAGAACAAGCUGUCUUACCUAAUUUUUGGACCUGAGAAGCACCAGCCCACAGAUAAUGCACCUUUUUCAAAUUAAUAAUUUUUAUUAAAUUUUCAAAUUGUACAUUUCAAAUUAAACAUCUUUUAUUAUACCAUACAUUCACUGACUUCCUUCCCUCCCUCCCCUUCCAGGAUUCAUUUAUCUUAUCCAACAUUCCUACAUAUUCUAAUAUAUCUAUCUAAUUUAAUUUUCCUAUCUUACAUCAGUUCAGAAUAUGUUAUAUUGUUGAGUUACUUUAAUACUGCCAGCGUUUUUAACUGUGCACAAUUAUUUUCAUUAUACUCAACAAAAAGAUACCACUCCUCUUUAAAUACCUGUUCUUCUUGUUCUGUUAUUCUGCUUGUUAGACCUGCUAAUUCUGCAUAUUCAGUCAUCUUCAGUUGCCAAUUCUCUUUCUUUUGUGUCAAUCAAAAUUUUGUGUUUAAUUCGUGGCUCCCCCACCCCGACAAAUUUAGAAAUACCCCUUUUCCAUUCCUUGAGGCAACUUGGUUCGUCAAUAAUCGGGAUCGGUUGAAAUAAAAGCAGCAUUUUGGGGAGCACAUUCAUUUUGAUAGCUGAAAUUCUCCCUAGUAGGGAAAGUUUAAUCCUUCCCCAAAUCUCUACUCUUUUUAAAUCUCUUUCCAUAGUUUAAUGUUGAAAUAAGUCAAGAUUCCUCACCGUCGACCAGACACCUAGAUAUUUUCAGGCAACUCUCCAUUUCCACAGGCAAAGCAUCUUAUCUGGGUUCAGCUUCAGUUUUAUUAGCCAUCCUCCAUCCCUGCUUUCAGGCACCCAAACAGUAAUUGUACAGCUGUUCCUGAUGCAGAUGAAAUGGAGAGAGAGGAUUUUGCCCUGUCCCCUAUAUUUAUAUUUAUCUUUGUAUUUAUCUGUAUUUAUCUUUGUACUUGUUGUGUUUUUGAAAGUGCAAAAAUACGACACUUGAUCUUAGCCAAAAGGCCGAGAAUCGAUGAAAGUGCAAAAAUACGAGCUCCUGCCAUUUGAUUGGUGUCACUGCACUAAACAUGAAGGUGGCAUCAUUCCAGUGGCAGAGGCUUAAAAGAUGAUCUAAGCAUCUCUUAAGGAUUGGCCUUAAGGCAGGGUGGAAUAUGAUGCAUGAAGGAGAAGGUGUUAAUUAACACAUUAAGAGUCCUAGCAUGGACCAGGAUCUAGGCCCUUGUGCAGCUUGCUCUGGACGUCUUUCUCUCGUGCCUCUGCAGAAGUACAGCGUAAUCUCUUCACACACAUGUUACUUGUGCAAAUGCAACUACACACACUUUGCUCUUGCAGCAGCAGCCUUCCCAACUUAGGGGAGGAGGGCAGGCAGGCAGAGCGAGAAGAAACCCCACCUGUCUGCUGCUUCUACCUGCCUCUCUCCCUGUCUGCCUCUGCUCCCUCCCGCAUCUGAGGAAGUUGUGCUUUCUUCUUUCUCUGGCAGCGAUGGCACAGGGAGGUCCUCCAUGCAGGCUUUCCCUCUUGCCAGCCAGCAGCCUUUGGCUUUGAGCAAUGUGGUGUAUGGGCACUGCCUCUGGAAGAGAGCCCUUGCCAAUAAUAAUAAUAAUAAUAAUAAUAAUAAUAAUAAUAAUUUAUUUCUUCCCCAGGCACUCUGGGCGGCUUCCAACAAAAUUUUAAAAUACAAUAGUCCAUCAAACUUUAAAAGCUUCCCUAAACAGGGCUUCCUUCAGAUGUCUUCUAAAUGUCAGAUAGUUGUUUAUUUCUUUGACAUCUGAUGGGAGGGCGUUCCACAGGGCGGGCGGCACCACCAAGAAAGCCCUCAGCCUGGAUCCCUGUAACCUCACUUCUCACAGGGAGAAAGCCCUUGGGAAAGGAACCCCGGCAUCUGGGAUGGAGACGCUCCUUCAGGUCUACUGGGCCAAGGCUAUUUAGGGCUUUCAAGGUCAGCACCAACACUUUGAAUUGUGCCCGGAAACGUCCUGAGAGCCAAUGUAGGUCUUUCAAGACCAGUGUUAUGUGAUCUCAGCGGUCCCAGUCACCAGUCUGGCUGCCAUAUUCUGGAUUAGUUGUAGUUUCUGGGUCACCUUCAAAGGGAGCCCCACGUAGAGCGCAUGGCAGUAGUCUAAGCGGGAGAUAACCAGAGCAUGCACCAGUCUGAUCAGACAGUCGGCGGGCAGGGAGGGUCUCCACCUGUGUACCAGCUGGAGCUGGGAGACAGCUGCCUUGUGAUCAUACUGUAAAUUCUGGUCCACGAAAGCUUAUGCCGUAAUGACUGUGUUCAUCUUGAAGUCACUACAAGAUUCUUUUUUGCUGGAAGUUGCAGCUUGGAACAGUAGCACUCCCCUCCUGCAACACCACGUGAAAUGGAAGAGAGUUUUCUGGGGGAAGUGGGUUGGGGUUUGCACUCGAAAGGUGAAAAGUAGAAAAGCGUGUGUGUGUGUGUGUGUGUGUGUGCGCGCGCGCGCGCGCAUACACUCACGCGUGCCCACACGUUCUUGCAUGUACAUACUGCAUUCAGACUCCGGGACAGAAAUGGAAUAGGCUCUUAGGAGCCCGGCCAUAGGCCACACAUGGUUUGAUGAGCCUUUCUUCCCAGGCCUCCGUGGAGCCAUGGCUUUUGCGUUGGCCAUUCGGGACACAGCCACCUAUGCGCGGCAGAUGAUGUUCAGCACAACACUUCUCAUCGUCUUCUUUACCGUCUGGGUGUUUGGAGGUGGCACCACUCCCAUGCUGUCGUGCCUUCACAUCAGGUGAGUGUCGGUUCGAGUCUUGUGCUGUUGCCUUAGCUAAGGAAUCUUGCUGUGAUCUGUACAAUGUAUCAUGUAUGGUGGGGAUGUGAUAAAAUCAAAAAGUUCUGGAGUAAUAUUUAUGAAGAAUUAAAAAAUACGUUUAAAAUAACAUUUGAGAAAAGGCCAGAAGCGUUCCUUCUAGGUAUAGUGACAAAAGACAUCCCCAAUGAUAAGAAAAAAAUAUUCCUAUACCCAACGGCUGACGCUAGGGUUUUACUGGCAAAAAACCUGAAGGGAGAUAUAGUCCCAUCAGUAGCAGAUUGGCAAAUAAAUUUUGUGAAUUUAUUGAAUUGGGCAAAAUGAUGGCAGCAAUCAGAUUACAAUUUAAUCAAAAAUUGAGGAAAGAAUGGGAAUGUGUAGAGGAGUAUAAGGCAAAACAUUGUUCCAAAAGAAACUUACUGAUAUGCUUAGACUGAUGUUCGCAAAGUUAGGAUAAAAUUUGGAAAAGAUUAUACGGGUUUUUAUAUAAAGUAUAUUGCUUUAACACAAUAUUAAAAUAAUAUAAAAUUAACUAAAUAAUGCUAAGCAUGGGGGGAGGGAAGCCACAGGGAUAUAAAGGGGGAAAACGUACAUUGAUGCAGUGGAACCUGGGGUUACGGCAGGAAUCCAUUCCAGAGGCCCCGCCACAACCUGAAAAUGACGCACAUCAAAGCUCCGCGUCUGCGCAUGCACGAUUUAGCGCUUCUGCGCAUACACGAGUGGCGAACCCAGAAGUACCCCGUUCCAGUACUUCCGGGUUUGCUGCGGAUGUUUGCUGAAGCAGAUGCAAGCGGAGGCAGACGCAGAACGAGGUUUGACUGUAUAUGUAUGUAAGAAACAGAAUGUAAGAAAUGUUAAAAGAUGUUCUUUUUGUUGAAUGUAAUACUGUAAGAAAUAAAUUAAAAAAGGGAAAAGGGGAAAAAGGGAAACCUGCUGUGCAGCUUGUCAUCCAGCUGGUUCAGUUAUCACAGGCUUGAGCAGGUAAAUGCCCACUCUGCCCCGCUCACUUUCCCUGCCUCCCACCCAUCAAACCUCUACUGCCCUCAGAUUUCCAUGGGUCCCUGAGGCCUCUAAGCAUGAGUUCUUAUGUUGCUUUUCAAUUAUUUCAUUUACAGCUUUUUCCUUCCCUUUUUGGGGGGAUACCUGGUGAGAUCUCAUGUGUGGAGAAACCCUUAUCUUGUCUGUAGGUGGCCCCAUUUUGCUGCCCAAGAGCUGGGUGCUCACGUUUCAUUUUGGAAGAAAUAAUAAAUGCCACAAUUCAUUAAUAAGUGGCAUAACAAAUAGUUGCAGUUUAUUAAAAUGGUGCUGAGAUUCCAGAUGAAGAACUUUUUUCAGACACUUGUAACAGUGUUUAUAGCCAGGUGGGUCACAUAGAACGAGAAAUCUAGAACAGAUAAAAUGGUUCUUACUGAAUGGACCACAUAAUUAUUAGCCUUUAUUUUCAAAUCCUAUCAGAGACUUUUCAUCUCAGUAAACAUAGUUCAGGUGUGCAUGUUUGUCCUUGAGAAGCAACUGUGUCUCUACAGCCUGUAAUCAUUUGUGGGGGUGAAAACCAGGAAGCCAGUGAAGGAAGAGAAACCCUUUGCUCCACAUUUCCCCACUUCAUAACAAUGGAAUCUGAGGGUCCGUAUUUCUGAAGUGAGAAAGAGUGUUAAGCAGGAACUGAAUGAUGGGGAAAGUGUGCUUGUGCAAUGUCUCCUCUUGGUCGCUGGGGGUCUCCUUGGUCACAUGACUUAAUGAGAAGGAUAAAAUCAGUGGCCAGAUACAGUUGGAUUAGCUUAAAAAUCCAAGACUGCAGGGCUUGACGUACAUAGCCUAGCAGGGAGUAAGUCCUGUUGAACUUAGUGGGGCUUCAUUUACUAAGUUAUUCCAUGCCUCCCUCCUGCAAAACGUUAGGGUGGCCCACAGCAACUUGAAAACCUUUAAAAGGACUCUGGAGCAGGCAGGUGUAAUUUGUUAUGGACAUUUCAUAAUUUAAUUUAAUUUUUUAAAACAGUACAGUGGUGCCUCGCAAGACGAAAUUAAUCUGUUCCGCGAGUCUCUUCGUCUUGCGGCUUUUUCGUCUUGCAAAGCACGGCUAUUAGCGGCUUAGCGGCUCUUAGCGGCUUAGCAGCUAUUAACGGCUUAGCGGCUUUAAGAAAAAGGAAACAAACUCGCAAGAACUCGCAAGACGUUUCAUCUUGCGAAGCAAGCCCAUAGGAAAAUUCGUCUUGCGGAACAACUCAAAAAACGCAAAACCCUUUCGUCUAGCGAGUUUUUCGUCUUGCGAGGCAUUCGUCUUGCAGGGCACCACUGUAGUUUGAUUUUUGUGUGAGGAAAAAAAGGUGGUUUCUUUCUUUCUUUCUUUCUUUCUUUCUUUCUUUCUUUCUUUCUUUCUACCAUGCACCCUUCCUGCCAAGGGCAAGUGCUGUGGGCUUGUGUUUUUAGCUUUUAAGCCCACAUCUGGGCAGUGAGAGGCCUUGUAGAUGAAGCCCACAGGAGAACUUGAGUAAUUGUUUCCUCUUCUCUGCAGGGUUGGUGUGGAUGCAGAUCAGGAGAACGUGGUAGGUGGCUGUGCUCUUUUUCUCUGCCUCUAACACAGGGGUUUCCAUGGUGGAUAUCCUCACAUUUGUUGUGGUGGCAUGUUGGUUAAUUUCCUCACGUAAACAAUUUUUUAUUUAUGUAUGCAAAACGGUUUACUGUUCUGUUUCUGCAGCAGCCUUGCAGAAUAGUGACUGCCUUCAAGGCACCUCGAAGCUGAGUAGAUACUUGAACUCUGUUGCAAGCGUAUCUUCUGAAAUAACACACCAGGGGAAUAAUUAUGGGCAGAGAAAACCAGUCCCAAGCAGAUGGGGAGGGUCUGUUGGUUCUCCCAUGCAGAUUACAAGCACCGGCAUGCAAACCCAAGACUAGAGACUAGCUGUGCAGAAUUUGAGCCAGAAGCUUCUGGGAAGGAUUGGUGCCGUUUCGGGACCAAGGGCCAACAUGAAGAAGAGGAAGAGCAAAGCCAACUCUCCUUGCUCUGUAGGCCCUGCCUUUCCUUGCCUGCCCCCAGUCACAUGAAAGAGUAUGUGAAAGCAGUUUUUGAAACUCCCACUGUUCCAGGCGCAUUUUGUGACAGGGAAUUUCAUUAGCGUGAGCAGUUUCUGAGCUUUGCACCUGAGAUUUCAGAUUAAAACUGCAGAAUGGAAGGAAAGGAGGACCUUUUUCUGCCUCCCCAUUUCCAGCUACUCUCUGAAGAAUAGAGAAGAGUCUGUCUUAAGAAUAUUAGGAGGGUGGGCAGGGGAAGGACUGGACCAUGUGAAAAAUGAACAUAAGAUUUUAGGUGCAGUUCAUUCAUUUUCAGCUUUGUAUUCUUGUUAUAAAAAAGCAUGCCUAGACAAUAAGUUGCAGCGCCCAUAACCUAGGUUUAAGGUGCCAUUGAGCUCCUAGCUUUCAUACCUCAGUUUCUAACACUGCAUGAAAGCACCAUUUCAGUGCCUCAACUUGCUGGAACCCAGGACAUGUCAAUCUGCCAGAAAUUAGGACAGAAUUCAGCAUGGCCUUCCAGUGAAAGAGGGGAUGGCAGGAAAAGGGAAGCUUCUGUUUGUGGUUCACGUCACUGAAAAUGCUUGCAAGCCUCUGACACCAAUGCUUUGCCAGGCUAUCACAGGCAGAAGAGUUUCUUUUCCUUGCCAAAUGCCUUGUUUGGAGUGUGAUUCUUGUCAACCAAAGUACUGUAAUUGUGCCUCAUUGAUUUGUUUCAGGGAGUGCCGGAAAAUGAAAGGAGAAGUACCAAAGCAGAGAGCGCUUGGUUAUUCCGGCUGUGGUACAACUUCGACCAUAAGUAUCCUUAAGAGAAACAAAAAACGGUUCUCCUUCUUUCUCCUCCUCCUCUUACGUCUUGGCCUUUGUACUAGGAGGCCAAUAUCUGCCUCUGUCCAUGAUGGGGGAAGAGAGCUUCUCCUCUCUGAGAAGUCUCUUCUGCUCAGCUGUGGAUCCUCGUCUUUCAUAAAGCCAAUUGCCUGGCAGUCAAGAGCCAGAGUGAUAAAUCUGUCAUAUUUUCAGUUACUUAAAGAGUCAGCCAGCUAUUUUAGCCUCUGGAGGUGUGGAUGUUUUCCAAAGAUAUAGUUUGUCACACAGGCUGCCCCCUAGAAAUGUGGUUCCCAAUUUGCUAGGUACUGCAGACCCGCAGUUUUUCUAAAGCCAAGCCAUGGACCCCCUGCUUUUGAAAAUGCUGGUAUCUCUGUAGCAGUUUUUGUUAUGUGAAUGGAGCCACCGUACCUUCCAGCUUGUCCUAGUGCCAAACCAUCCAUGCCAGACUAGUCACAUGACCUGCUCGAGAGCAUGGUGCCCACAAAACAUGCACUUUUGGGCCCUGCAAUCUCAAGCUCACAGGAGAGCACGGCCCCCCAACAAAGGAUGUCCUGGAUAGUUGACAGAUAUGUGCCAUGGAUCCCAGUGGCUCUAGUAUAAAACUCAUACCACUCAGCAGCGGAACAAAAACAACCUAUUACUGAAGUGCCCCGACAGGAGCAGAGAGCCCCCCUCCCCCCCGCGCACUUUCUUGGGACGUUGGAAAACCAGUUUUCAGAAAGUGAAACUGGAUGAAACUUUUUACCACCACUUAGUGAACAAUUAGGUAGGACUACUAAAGGCUUGAUAAAAUUACUUUGCUCUGAUCCUGGGUAGCCAGUUAGCCAGUCGUUGCCCAUCAGAACCACUUGCUUGUGUGUUGCUUUUGUGAAGAAGUUGGCCUGGAAAGUAAGACCUUAGUGCCAUCUGUGGGCAUGAGCUGAACACGAAAUAAGGGCAACUCUGGAACGCAUUCCUACUUGAAACUCACCCGGCUCCCUCUCUGUGUCUUCCCUGUUGGAAAAACACAAGGCAUUUUUACACGGGGCUUUUUAUGUACAAUACCACAUUCAAUUGCCGCCACUUAUCAUAUAUCAUAUUUUUGAGCCUCGCUGUUGUUAACCUUUUUUUUUUUUUUUUACAGUCACUUGCAUUAUAUUUUACUACUUUUUAAAAACAAUCAUUUUAAAAUGAUUUUACUGUAUAUUUUCAUGAUUAUGUUGUAUGCAUCUCUUGGUGAAUGCAUGCAGUGGGAUUUAAUAGGUUUUCGUUAAUAUCCUUGGCUUCAGCGAAGGUCCUGUGUGAGUGCCUGGAGACGGUUGGGGGAUGGAUGGCGGCUAACAGAUUGAGGUUGAAUCCUGACAAGACUAAGUCCUGUUGUGGGCGGGCAGGUGGGUGUGGUAGACUCCCUGCUCCUGAAUCGGGCAGCUGUGCCCCUGAAGAACUAGCUGCGCAGCCUGGAGGUCAUUUUGGACCCAUGGAGGCCCAUUCUGGUCCAUUCUGUGUCCAGGGCAGCUCCAUCUGGGACGCAGGAUGAGACCCUCCCUGCCCGCAGACUGUCUGGCCAGGAUGGUGCAUGCUCUGGGUAUCCCUCGCUUGGACUACUGCAAUGCACUCUAUGUGGGGCUACCUUUGAAGGUGACCCAGAAACUACAACUAAUCCAGAAUGCGGCAGCCAGACUGGUGACUGGGAGUGGCCGCCAAGAUCACAUAACACUGGUCCUGAGAGAUCUUCAUUGGCUCCCAGUACGUUUCCGAGCACAAUUCAAAGUGUUGGUGCUGACCUUUAAAGCCCUAAACAGCCUCGGUCCAGUAUAUCUGAAGGAGCGUCUCCACCCCCAUCCUUCAGCCCAGACACUGAGGUCCAGCUCCGAGGGCCUUCUGGCGGUUCCCUCACUGCUAGAAGCCAAGUUAUACAGGGAACCAGGCAGAGGGCCUUCUCGGUGGUGGUGCCUGCCCUGUGGAACGCCCUCCCAUCAGAUAUCAAGGAAAUAAACAACUAUCAGAAAUUUAGAAGACAUCUGAAGGAAGACAUCUGUUUAGGGAAGCUUUUAAUAACUGAUGUUUUAAUCUGUUUUUAAUCUUUUGUUGGAAGCCACCCAGAGUGGCUGGGGAAACACAGCCAGAUGGGCAGGGCAUAAAUAAUAAAUUGUUUUUGUUGUUGUUGCUAUAUAAAAAACCCAUGAAGUGCUCUCAUUGAAGUGUUUUGUGCCUUAAUAACGCCCCCCCUUCAGUUACCUGAAGCCCCUCCUGACGCACAGUGGUCCUCCUCUAACAACAACGCUCCCAAGCUGCUGCGGCCCCAUUGCCAGGUGCCUGACCAGCCCUCAGGCUUAUGAGGUACGUGCAGAACCUCCCAGAAUGACCAUGGAAUACUUUCGGUGUAUGUUGUGUUUCCACAGCUGCUGAGGUUUGGCUGUGCAAAACAGUUACUGUAUUCUUGGAGCAGCUUUUUCCACCAAGUGCUGUGAUUGCUUUUCAGUUUCCAAAUCAGACUGGCUUCUGUCUUUAUCUAUUUAUCAUAUGCCACUUUCUUGCUCAAAAUCGUGCUUAGAGCAGCUCCAAACAGCAUCAGAAAAGUGCAAUAAACAUAUAUAGCAACAUUUCAAGAUAAUCCACUGCUAACAUAAUGCAGCAGAAAGCCACAUACCAUACUUUUCCAUGUAUAAGACUAUGGUUUUUUAUUCAAAAAUCUUGUUCAAAAUUUGGGGUCAUCUUAUACAUGGGUAGUGCAUUGUGGGGACAUGGGAUUGGUUGCUGCCGCGAGUCGGAGAUUGCUAUUGGUGGCUGCGGGAAGGGCUGGUGUUGAUUUGCUGUCGCAGCAGCAGUUGGGCAGGCAAUUCACUGCUUUUGACAGUGAGGGGACAGAGGAUAGUUUGCUUUGUUGAUGCGUGUGAGCAGCACUGUCGGUCUGGUGGGUGAGUGAUUUUUGUCAUUCCCAAAAAAAUCUGGGCCACCCCCCCCAAAAAAAGUUCAACAACUCUGGGCAAUCCCCCCCCCCAGUUUCUUAAUUUUUUGUCCCCCCAAAUAGGGGGUGUCUUAUACAUGGGGGGUGUUAUACAUGGAAAAAUACGGUAAAUGUUGCUUGGUCAGUCAAAGUCCAUCCAUACCUUCAUCAUGUUCCCAAUAGACCACCCUUUAUUGGCAUUCCUAAGCAUCUGAUACUUCUGAACUUGGCAGUUUGAUUUUGGUAAUGGCCUUUGGGAGACCUGUUUGCCUCUGUAAAAUUGUUAAAUACUAUGGGAGUCAAAGAAGAUAAAUUCUGUAGUGUUUUAUGAAUGCAGAUGGACUUAAUUUUUAAGCAAUAUUCUUGUGGAGCAGGUAUUUAGCCCCAUUUUACAGGUAUAAGUGAGGCAGGGGAGAAAUGAUGACUACUCCGGUGGGGUUAGGACCCAAUUGUCCUGGAUCUGAAUCUCGUGGAACAUGCCUAGGUUGUGAAACCUUCAUAUUCUGCUUGGGACAUGGGUACCUUGUAGAAAAUUGCAGUCAUAAAAUAAAAACUUUCAAAUUUUAUUAUGCCAGUCAGACAUCUUGGGCAGCAGGAAUAGAUAUUAAUUCAGCAUAUUAGCUGCUUGGUAAAAUAGCUCUUUUCUUUUACUCAGAAUCAAGAGCAGCUGAAAGACGAUGAUUCAGACCUUAUUUUGAAUGACGGAGACAUCAGUUUGACCUACGGGGAUUCCACCGUGAACACAGAUUCUUUGACAUCUGGCGCAUCUCGAAGGGCGGCGGGAAAUGGUUCUGAGGACACCCUGGACCAGGAGCUUGGGUUUGGGGACCACGAACUUGUCAUAAGGGGCACACGCCUCGUUCUCCCCAUGGAUGAUUCAGAGCCACCCUCAAAUGUAGUAGACAAUGCCAGACAUGGGCCGGCAUGAGAUCUGCUGGUAACAAGGUGAUCAGUAAACCCCCCCCACAUACGACCAUGAAGAAAAAUGUACUACCUACAACAAAAAAACUACUGCAUGUCUCAGAAUGUCUAAGCUGUAUAAAUAUUACUUAUUUAUAUGGUGUUAGGAGAAUAUAACUACCCAUAUGAGACAACUUGUGAAGAGCGACUCUUAAUUUUCAUAAGUUAAACUCAUGGACUAUACUGUGUAGCAGUGGAACUGUUUUAGAACAAAUAUCCUUUAUGAAGGGGGAAGGGGGGGACUGCUGCCAAGAUCUUCCCUCCCAACUUGUGUCAAAUAGUCUGCUUUUCUUUUGCAAUUUCCCAUCACUUACCUGAGAGUAGGAAGGAGGUAGUGGUGGUGGUGGCAUCUUGGGUUGCGUUUUGCCACGUCCAUCUCAGGUGGUGAGCAGGUGGUUUUGGCUGCCUUCCUUUAGUGGAUGGCAGCUCUGGAGACUUGAAAUUUCCUCUCUGUAGCACUGCUAUAGGAUUUGUUAGAACAGACCUUGAUAUUAUGAUGGCCUGCAUGCUAAACCUGUCACCAGCCGAUAAGAAGCUGUGAUGGUAAUAGAGUGCUUGGAUGAAACGGUCAAGGAGCAAAUGGUCAGUGGCUUGUUGACAGGAGCCGCUUGCAUCUGUCUUCCAGUUGCAACAGGUGCUUCUCAUAAUAAGGCUCCAGGUGAUUCAUAAAAGCAAGUUCUUUAAGAUUUGUGCUUGGAUUGAAGGUGGGUGUUUGUUUUCUUUUUGUGUUUAAAUUUCUCUCAUGCCUUAUUCCAUAGGACCAGGGGCAGGUUCUGAGUUAUGAAACAGUCAAAGUGGGCAAAGUUUGGUUUUUCACAUAGAGAAUUAAGGAGUGUUUCUAGAUCAAUUAACAGCCAUGCGAAGCCAUUGCUGGCUCCCUUUCUAAACUUGCAAUUGAGUGGCUGUGCCUUUCAGCUAUGUCAAAAUUUUCUUCUUGCUGCAUAGCUGCCAAGAAGACCAGUUCCACACCAUAUCAUGGAGUUCAGCUGUGUGAACAGGACAUGCAGAGGUUUAAGACUCUUAGGUGUGGGUUUUCAAAAGUGGCAGUUUAGGUAGUACCGAAAGGGAGUUGUCCGUCCAUCCAUCCUGUAUAGUUGCACUUUGGUUUGGUCACUUCUUCGCAUGCUUAUGUGACUAUAAAAAAACUACAACCUUUGGUUUUUGUUCUUGUGUCUCUUUCAUGUUAAAUGAGAAAUAUAUUUGUGAGCUGCCAUAGAUUAUUUACAUGUUUUUGUUUUGUUUUGUUUUGUUUUGCCUAAGGAAGAGCCCUGAACAACUCGCUGAUAUUGCACUUGGUGUAUUCAGCCUCAUCCUGCCAUGAUAUUUUUUUAUUAAGCCUUUUGAUUUAUUUUUUUUACUUGGUGCAGUGGGUGUUUUUGGGAAGCCAGGAUUUCUGAAUGCCAUGUUUUCUUCAGAGAAAACAGUUGCCAUAGAAAACUUUUCAAUGUACAGCUCUUAUUUCUGCCCCUUUUCUCAAAGCGCUAUAGGGCUGUACAAACUUAACACUUUGCGCUGCUAACACAAAAGUGUGAUGACCCUGAAAAAAGAAGAGAAUCCGGUUUUGAUUUGUUUGAACAUCAUUCCAUUUAACAACAGUACAAAGAAAAGAGAGAGCAAGAAGCUCGAGAGAAGCAAAGCCACCCUCUAAAGGCAGUAGAUUCCCUAACUCGGUUGCAGCAGGAUGUUGGGAAAGGUGUGGGGAGUCAGACCCCUAUGUGGUGGAUGUGCCCCAUAGCACAAGGUUUAUGGAAGAAAGGCAGCUGCAGCAGGAGAGGGAGAAGCAGCCUGGAUUAUCCUCCAGGAGGGAGAGUGUGGCACAUGUUCACACCUGCAAGAGAGCUUGGCUUCUUAGGGGUGCCAGCCAGACUUUUUGUAUUUAUAAGAACUGGGGGCCUUUGACUUUCAUCAGUGGGUGAUGGUUCUUUUCCCGCACUAAGCAGGAAGCACUUAAGUGCAGAAGUAGCAGGAGGUGGAGGUCUUACAAUACAGCCAAGAAACCAAGAUAACAACUUUCUCUUUCUUUUCAAACUUUUUUUUUUAUGUUCUCAGGUCUGAAUGUCAUGCCUUAAGUAUGCUUCCAUGCAGUUCCUUGUUAUUUAUGUCCUUUCUUUUAAGAUUGAACAUUCUGGCUGCAGCCAGCCAUAGAGGUUGUUCAUGCAAGCUCUAUUGAAACGAAGGGAAAUUUUUCAAGAACAACCCUGAUUCAUGUUUUUCUUCUUCUCCUCCAGCUUGCACAAGAGAAGUAGGACCUCCACUGCACCUAAAAAAUUAAUAAAUGCUGGUUUCCAUUGUUAUCAUAGGAAUUCGUUGUUGAGUACUGAUACAUCCCCCCCCCCCCCCGCUAUGCAGGAAUUCCAUGAAGUAUGUGUGUGUAUUUUUAUAUGAUGUCUGUAUCUUAAAAGUUUGAUGUUAAAACAGUAAUAGGGAAAAUGCUCAUGAGUUGAGAUUUUUACAUCACCUGCACAUUAAUGAUUUCCUUUGUUUAAGGCUUUUCCAAACAAGAGUCAAUGACCUCUUUAUCCCCCUCUUAUUAAAUAUUUUGUAAACUGAUAUAACCAGUUAUCAUAUUGACAAAAAUAUCCGCGUCUGAUACUGUGGAAUGUUGUGAAACAAACUUCCUUGACAAAUCCGCUUCUAGUCCACAGGGUGUCACUGCACUCCUCACCUGAACAGGGAGAGUGCCUGUGCCCCUUGGUGCCCCUUGGACCUUGUUCUGAUGAACUUUUUUUGUAGGUAAUACCAGAGGGAAAUAAUUCUUAGGCUCGCAUUGGCCGCCUCCCUUUUCUGUCUUCCCAUUGCAGAAAGUAGCCCAUGUCACAGCGUUGCAAUGCUGUGGCUGUGCCAGUCCCCUCUCAAUACAGGAGAGCCGGAGAGGGGCUGCCAGUAGCAGAUUCAGUGAGAUCUUGAUGCAGCUGAAUCCAGUAAAGUGAAACACUAAAAUGUUUAUCAGUGCCACGAUAAAUAAACCCAUUCAAUAAGUAAACCCAGCCAGAUAGGCAGGGUGUAAACAAUACAAUUGUUGUUGUUGAUUAAUAUAGAUGUUUAAAUACAAUAAUAAAUAAUAAAUAAAAUGAUAGAUCCAGAUAUGAGAAGCAACAAAUGAUGCAUAAGAUCAAAUGCAGAUCAUCCAGACAAACUAGAUUUACUGUGACACAUCAUAUGGAGAAAUGUUUUGGAUCACUGAGGAAGUCCCACAUGGUUGGAACACAUUUUGGUCUUGGCACAAUUGUUUGUCACAAGAGUUGGUUGAUCAGGCAUCGAUUGGAUAUAGCAGUAUAUUUAUUAAUCCCUUUAUUUUAUUUAAAUACAUUUUAUCUCUCGUGGUAUUAAAGCUUGCAUACUUCUUUCUAACAUUUCUGGAGUAGCAAGUUUUAUUCUUUUGAUCUUACCCAGUUCACUGUUCUGUGUCUUGCUUUGGAGGUUAGGGCCCACACACCCUCUUUCCAAUAUAGCGUCCCGUCAUUCUUUACUGUCCCGCUGGGAAUAGAAGGAUGAAGUGCAUUCAAUAGCCAAUGUCUUCCUCCCUUUUGCAGAAAAGGGUAGAAAAAUGUUCCCUCUUUGUUGUCAAUAGCAGUCAUGGAAAGUUCCCAUAACCCUGUAAGGUGGGAUCAAAGUUGCAAGUUAGGUUCCCUGGCACAAGCGAUGUAUUCAUGCUCAAAGUGGGGCAUGAACAGCAGGCACAGAUAUUAUCCCUGCCAUGCUCCAGAGGAGACAUAUGGGGCUCUUUCAGUCUCACUUUCCAAAAUGGUGGCAAUUGAAUGUACAUAAUUUAUGAGUGAGAGGAUCAGCUGCCAGCAUUGCUUCUGUAUCUUAGUUAUGAAUUAAGGAUUUGUAGUCAUCCACAUAAAUUUUGUGGGUUGCUGUGCUGGCCAGGAUCCCCUGCCCUCGAUUUCCCUUUGCCCAGACUGAGCAUCUCUGCUAAAAUGAAAUACCAUUUUUAAAAAACAAUCUCUCUCCUUAUGUAGUAGUAAGCUCCCCAUCUUUGUUUCAUACAUUUAGCUGCUUGGCAUGUUUAUGUCAACAGGCUGCUGUAAAUUCCAGAUUUCUGAUGCUUAUUAGAUGAAUAUUCUGUUUUCGUCAGGGUGAUUGUUUUGGUCCCAGAUUUUAUUGCAUGUGAAUAAUAAAGAGAACCUUUUAACAGAACUGAUUAAAGACAUAUACUGAAAUUGCCCAAGGUUCACCCAUGAUUUGCCAGAAAUAACUCCUAAUAUUUUCUAUUGACUAAUUUAUUUGAUGUUAACGUAGAACAUUAUUUGUGCUUAAUAUCUCCAGGGGGUCUUUGCACUCUUCCCCCAUCCUUAAUGACCUCGAAUACAGCUGUGGGAACUUAUUACCUCCCAGGUCCAGGUAUGGACCCUGAUAGGCCAUGGUCUGGUGGCAAAGGAGCAUAAUCCUUGAUAAAAGGAUUAAGAAACCCUUCCUUUGGAGCUGUCUUUUCCCUGAACAGAAUGGACACCUUUUUCUGCAUCAGAUGACACUGUAUGUCAAGUUCUGGUUUAUUCUACUUACUAUUGGAAUUGUCUGUUGGAAUUUCAUGGUACUAUUAACUGCUAUAGUUGUGGUGUUCUUGUAAUUAUAUUCUGAAGCAUAAUUGCACCUUUUUUGGUUUAUGAUGACUAAAUCUUUGAUUGUUCCCUGCACUGUGAAAGGAAAAAAGAAUCAUGGGCCUAUAAAAAAUAAGUUUGUUUCUUUGGA